AAUUUGGAUUGUAUGUUGGACGACAGAUGGCAAGGAAACGACGGGUAGGAUUUUUUUGACGCUUUAGGAAAACAUCCAAGAAAGUAUCUGCAUAGCAUCAUGCAUUUAUUAUGCUCGCAUUGACCAACUCAGACUCUAGAUAUAUUCACGUUACUCUUUCGCUACACUAGGGGCCAAUUUAAUAACACUUCUACAUGUAUACACACACAUGUAAUUCACAAGUGUGCCCAUUGUUGUAAAUUACACUUGUAAUAGUUUUUUUAAAUUGACCCCCAGUGCAGUACUUCGUACAUGAAACAACGCUCCCCUUUGUUGGUAGUUUCUUUCAUUUCUUCAAUGAAAGAGGUGUUUUAUUCCUUGUUCUUACAACAUGCUCAGCCAAAAAUUGCUAUGUUGUAAGUUGAAACACUAUUUUAGCUCUCAUACAUUGGGUGCGAUCCUUAAAGAAAACCAGGAUUUGUCUAGCUUGGCUCUCAUUUGGACCAAAAGAACGGAAUUUGGGUUCCUAAUUGCCAAUAUUACCAUGACAGCAGGCGCAAGAUAAAACUACAAAUUUUGUCGUGGAGGUUUCAUCCAUAAGUCAAUGCAUAAUGUUAUGUGCCAUUGAAAUUCGUGAUUAGACUGAAAGUUUACGCACAAAUCAUGAAUCUUAUGCGCCAAUCAAUUCAAAACUUCAUCAUGACCCCCCCUCUCGGCAACUCCCGCAUAUUUACAUUUUUCUGACAGACCUCAGUGUUACAGUGUGACAUCUGUAGCCAUUGAUUUCAAGAAAAUAACAAUACAUUCCAAGCAAGUUUGUUGUGGACCAUUCAGCAGCUCAUUCAAAGAAAAAAAAGUUAUAUCAAGUCCCAAUUAUUUUUAUUAUUAUUGAUAGCAAAUGUUUUAAAGAAAGUAAAGUGUUUCACCAGAAAAUGUUUUUCCACUCAAAACUUUACAUAUAACACCAAGGACACAUUAUUAAUUGUUGGAUACAAGCUGUUUAUUAUUUUUGUCAUCUACCUGCAAGUCCUUCACUGCCAUUACUUCACUUUGCAAUGACAUGUGACUUCAGGUCAAAAUAUGUUCUAAUGACUGAGACACAAUCCUCAUGAUGUUGGUCAGCAAUACAUUAAUGACUGACCACUGACUGGUGUGCUAAGAGUACACCUCCCAAUGUCCAAGCAGCCCCCCCAUGCAGUUUUUAGGGUCAUUUAUAGGGUUUUGUUUUAGACGCAGACAGAAAAAUUCCGCCGAUCACUCUUUUCAAUAACCUUAACUAGCUACCUUGAUUUACAAAGCAGUCGUUAACUAAAAUACUCACUUUAGUUUAUAACUACUUAGAUAACAACUUUAAUACCCCUAUUUACCUUAAUAAUUUAUUAACUAAGAAUUCGGACAUCCAUGAAAGAAAGGUCAUGUUAUGAGGCAUGUAAAUUUAACAUUUUAUUUCAGAAAAUUUUCGUCAUUUUUAAAUAUAUUUUAAGCUUUUGGUAGACAUUUUUACUGUUUAAUGUAUAUAGUGUUAGAAUUCUUAUAAUACUGAUUUUACUUCUUAGAUGCUUUGUACAGUGUAAUGAGGGCCACAAAUUUAUCAGUGUUUUAUUAACUACUGUCAAGUGUUACCCUAAAUAAAUUAAGCCUUUACUUACUUACUUACUUUACUUUGUCAUGAGUUCCUCCCCCACAACGGUGGGAGGGAAGCUAAUGUCUAAGUCGUUGCAAUACAUGUAGGAAAAGAAAUACAUUACAAUGUAAUAGAAUACAGGGGCGGAUCCAGAAAAUUCAGAAAGGGGUGGCUGGGACACUUAACAGCUCUAUUCUAGGUUCUUUUUUAUUUUUCUGACUCAGAAUUAUAUAAAAAUUAUACAAAAUUUCAAAGGAAAAGGGGUGGCCACAGCUCCCUCGGCCCACCCCUAACUCCACACAUGGAAUGCAUGUGAGAUGAGUUUGUACACCUGGAGCUCUAGGACUGUAUUAAGUGGCCACUCUUGGAAACUGAAAAGUGGUAAAUUAAUGUGAUCAGUAAGAUAGUAAGUAAGAUAGUAAGUAAAUAAUUAUCAGUAAGUAAGAUUUCAGUUUUGUAGGCUGUAUAAUUUUAAUGUGUAAUGUUAAUAAUUGUAAUUUUGUCAGUGUCCCACCUUUCUAGGGGUAUGUUAUGUGUACAUUGUUAUGAAUUUGGAAUAAAGGUCAGGCUGUGGUGGUUGGCUUUGCAUGGCUACCAGUGGUGUGUGUGGGACAACAUCCAUUGAUGCUAUCCAUUUUCAAAAUGGAUCAUGAAUCCAAUGAUCUGCUUUUGGAUUACUCAAAUUAGUGAUCACUGAUGGUGUAAUGGUUGCCAGUUACCGGGGUGCUGAUAAACAAAAUAAUAUUGGCAGCAAAUCAUGGUAAACAUCUUGAACCCGUAAAGGGGGUGGGGUGGGGGGGUCGCUGACCCGCAAAAUUCAGGUAUUUCCGCGAAAUACCGCGAAUUUUCCCAAAAAACGCAAAAUACCGCGAAAUCCGCCAGUAAUAUUUCCAAAUACAUGUCGGCAAAACAUAUUUAAUACUUAUCUUGGCUAUUAGACCGGUUUUAUUAACCCCAAACAUCUAAAUUUAGCUUGAAACUUCAUCACUGCAACGAGUAAACAAUGUCCCAAAACUACCGGGCGUUUUUAGAUGAACGUUGCGAAAAACUGGGCACUAACCAUAAUGUUGAACAUGCGUCCAUUUCUCGAGCGAACUUUUGUUGAAAGAGCAAAUGAUUAUCCGUGUUAAAAAAAACUUUCGCCAACGCUGGUCAUAUCGACGCAAAAUUGAUCGAUUUUAGCGAAAUUUGCCAAAAAAACCCAGCGAAAUCGGCUGUUUUUUACUGAUUGUUUCUUGGCGAAGUUUUCCCCCGAAAUUUCUCGUGAAAUCGGCCAAUUUUCCUAAGAAAUUCUUAGGAAAUUAUUUGCCCUGAAAAUCCUUCGAAAAUUGACUCUUUUCCGCUAAAAUCCCGCGAAAUGGGCUGAUUUUUCGGCGAAUUUUGACUUGUUGUUCAUAAACUCAUGACAAGACCCCCCUCUGACCCCCCUCUGUAACAACUGAUCAUAUUAAUUUACCACUUUUCACUUCCCAAGCGUGGCUACUUACUACGGUCCUAGAGCUCCAGAGGUAUAAACUUGUCUCGCAUGUAUCUAUGACAUCGAACUGUAUUUCUUUUCCUACAUGUAUUGUAACAGCAUUAACUUCCCUUCCAUCCUUUUUGGGAGAGGAACACAUGACAGAACCCUAAGAACUGCGUGGGAGACUACUUGGACAUUAGGAGGUGUACACUUAGCACACCAGUCAGUGGUCAGUCACUUAGCUUAUGGGCCUUGUAAAUAUAUAUUUUUCUCUUUAAGGAGAAAAGAACAGGCAGGAGAAGAGCACGGUCUAAAGUUCAGGAGUGGAUAGACGUUGUUAGAAAAAAUGAGUUAUUUGAAAAGUAUUAUAAAGUAAGUAGUGUAUUGAUAAGUGAAAGGUAAUAUCAUUUUUGUGGCUUACUGCCUCUUAAAGGUGAUAAGCCACUAUGUUAUCACGUUAAGUGAGUGAGUGAGUGUAAUAAUAGAAUCCAAGCCCACAACGAACUCACUGCUGAUUUUGGUCCAAUAUUUCCCGAUCUUAGCCCCUUUUUUGUUGUGGAGCAUUGUCGGUUGUUCAACAUUAUUUUGUUGAGGAUAGCUUUGAAUGGCCUCGAAUGUUACUCGGAAUUAGCACAUGAUCACAAGAAAAAUCUCCAAUUUUCCAUGUGCUCUCAAAGCUGCCAAGUCAUUUGUUGCAUCGACUGGAAGGCGAGUUCUUUUUUCAUAAUGAGUGUAAACCAUUUAAGUGUAAGAAUCAAGUGCAGCUGUCUUCGCAUUUAUGGAGAACUUGUUAGCAAAGAAUUCAGUUUCCAGUGUUUCAGAAAAUGUACGAGUCCAUCAAAUUGCAAUUGAGUGUUUACUGCAGCUGAACAUCUUUGCCUUGCGGCGAUCUCAAACCCUUAUAAAGAGUCAUUCCUCCUUCAGGCAUGUUCAAAAGUUGUAACUCGAAGAGAAAGAAAUCAAGAGCUGUCCAGAGUACGAUUAAAAAAAGUUACAUAGUCACUGAAAGUUAGAAAACUAAGACAGAAGCAUAAGAAAAUGCUUUAAAAACAGUUCCUGGUUUACAUAGUAUUGGCGGCAAGUUACAAACUCUGGAAAACAAGAUUCAUCUGGAGAGAAGAUAGUUUCUAUAGCUACUAUUGUAAGUCAACAAAAAAGUCAAAAGUGGUAUAUAAUUCAUCUGAAUGAUGCCAUUGUUAUUCCUCUAGCUUGGUGUUCUGCUUAGUUUUGCCAUGUUUUUGAGUGAGAUUGUAGAUCACAGCCUUUCAGUUUGACCUUGUUUAGCUUUGGUGUUUUCUUGUCUUGUUUCAUAUCGUACAUGUAUGACUGUUGACACGAGUUACAUGCUAUUUGUGACGCUUGUUCUUCUUUUGUGACCUAGCAUGUUUCUUAGCAUGUUUGUUUAAUUUUUACAUGAGAGUGUAGUUUUACUCUCCUAGUUGUAUUGUUUAGCCGUGUUAGUAAUUUUUAGCAUCACUGUUUUCUUCUAGCACUAUUGCCCUGUCUUACUAACAGUGUUACUUGAAAUAGUUAUAGUUAUUAAUUCUUUUAAAAUUCAUAGAUGAUUUACAUAUACUACUUUAACCUUAAUAGUAUGAAAUAUACAACAUUGUUACAAGCAUCUCAAAUACGAACUAUUAGGUAAUUAGGUUGCAUUUAACACAACUCUUUAUUAUAAAUUCUGACUUACCUUUUGGAGUGGUACCUAUUAAACAUUAGCAGGACAUGUACCCCUGUAUCAAUAUGUCACACUUUCAGACUGUAUACCUAUAGUUUUCUUGCUAUUUGUUCUACUCUGGUUUCCUUGUGGUUGAUUCCAUUAUGAUUUAGCUUAGUAUGAAGUCUGCAAAUGUCAGCUGAUGUUGUCCCUUAUUUAGGUGAACUGUUAUACAGUAAGCCACAUGCAGUCAUAGACUGCCUAUUUUAGACUUUGGAAAACUUAACAUAACUUUCAUGCAAAACAUGGUUCAAUGUUAUGUUUUGUCAUUGACUUACAAUGCAGUAUGUGAAACGUGUCUGUACUUUAUGUAAUGUUUAAUAAACGAGCAGCAGUGUUUUAUUUUGGCUUUUGAUUUUACACCCGAUAAAACACGUGCCGCGAGUUUAUUAAACAUUACUUUAAGGACAAUCCUGGAAAAGCGUGUCUCAAUGCAGUUGAUAACAAUGACGCUAUUGUGAACGUUGGAAAUUAGUAUAUGAAAAAAAAAACAUUACGUAUGAAGUUAUUAUCCAAGAAAAUCAAAUCUCAGACAUGUUUAGAAAUUUUCCAGUCUAUGAACAACAUUAGCCAAAGAGGACAUGGUGUCUUGUUCCAGAGCUUUUUCGGAAGCCUAAAAAUGCCAAGGAAGAGGGGAAGUUAAUCAAAAAUGGUACCCCAAAGUCAACAAGUGCAGUGAAAAAGUAGUCUUUGAAAAUAUUACUGCCAAGUGACUGAACAUUUGUCUGAUUAAAUUGGUGAAAGAACAAAGUUUCCUUUUGUACAGUAGAAAAUUUGCUGUGUGUGUUAUUCUGAAAGAACAUUAAACAUUCACUGAGAAUUUGUUGUGAAAGUUGCUGUGCUGAAAUUAAUAUUCAUAAUACACGUGCAGUGACACUAUAUCUGAUAAAACACCGCAUACUAAUAAGGGGAGGUUUUAUCAGAAAUAAUGUAACUGCAUAUGAUGUAUUAUCGAUCUUUUGAUAGGUCAGUGGGGUUAUGAAUUAUUAAUGACUUUUUGAAGUACAUGUAAAUUGAAGAUUUAUGUACCUUGUGAUAAAAUUAAUCCUGGGGACUUAUUUAAUGGAAAUAUUUUACUGGAAUGAAAAUAGAUAUGAAUAUCAGUAAUGCUAGAAUUAACUGAUUAUUUGAUAGAUUCAGCAAAUUGUUCCUGAUGAUGAGUUCGCUGAUUUUAUGGAAGCCAUUCAGAGGGAACUUCCGAGUACAUUCCGCAUCACUGGAACCAGGAGGUAAAUAAGCACUGCUGAUCUUAUCUUGUGAUAUUCAAAUUUGCUCAAGCAGUCAGCUCAUCAUGUGCUUAAAAAAUAUACAUGUACACCUCUGUACCUUUAAGUCUGUAGUACAGUUUGCAUAAUAUUAUUUGGCACUUAAUUUUUGUCACAGUAAUUUUUGAUGCAGCCAUCAUUCUUAAAUUCUAGGAGUACAAAAUGGACAUGUAUCAAUAAAGAUUAAGGUGUUGAAUUUUACGCUUGGUAAAUGUAAGGCAUGUGUGCGCAAAGACUAGGACUCAAUUUGUUCUUGUUACACGCUUGUUACAUGCUGAUUGUCAUGUUUCUUCACAACUGAAUGAGUCUCAUUCAAGCCUGUUGAUCAAAAACUUCAAUCUCACACCAAUUCAUGCCUGCAGACAAUUAUUUCUCAUGUCUAGUGGAAAAUUGAGCAUUAUUUUUCAGACAAUGGAGGAAAAAUUAGAUUUGAUUUCAAUGGAAACUACCAUAUUGGUACAUACAGCUGUAUUUCACUUCAUUUCACGAUUAUAUUGAGAAAGUUUUUUGCAGGGUCACAAUUCAAGUGUUCUCUAUUCAUUUUCUUUUUCAAAAAGUCGGACCUUUUUUACAUUUAAAAACAAAAUGGGACAAGCAAACAUACCAGAAACUUCCACUUAUCAGCCCUGAUCCCUCCCCCCAAGUUAAAGGCCCUGUAUCCAUCUAUAAACAUAAGUGACCAGCACUUCUUACAUGAUUGUAUCUUGUUUUAAAGCACUUUUUCUGAUCCCACUAUAAGCCACUCCACCUUUUCUAUUCCUUCUAUGAGCCACUCCAUUUAUAAGGCUUAUAAGCGGCAGUUGAGUACUUAGUUUGUGACUUUGUGGCUUGUUUGCCUGGGAGGGAUACUCAAGGGAAGUUUGAGUAGAGUUGUGCCUUGGAUUCCUUAGAACACUGACCCUGUUUAAGACAAAACCUGUUCAUGGUCACUGCCCUAGCCUGUUCAAGACAAAAGACGGCCUUAUUUAUUUUAUGACAUUGAUUCGUUUUGUUUUUCAUGCAUAAUAAUAAUAAUUUACCAGUUUUUAUAGCGCGUAUUUACACAUUCUGAUCAAAAGCGCUUUACAAUCAUAUAUUUAAGAGGAAACGAAAAUACAUUACCGUGAGAAUAAAAUAAACUAAGUUACAAACUAUAAAAAUACUUCUUAAAAAGAUAGGUUUUAAGUCAAGAUUUAAAAGUGUUAAGUGAUGUUGCUUGACAAAGCUCCACAGGUAGGCCAUUCCAGAGUUUCGGAGCUGCUAAUGAAAAUGAUCUUGCUCCCAAUGUUGUAAGCAUCUUUCCCUUGGGAUGGUCCAAUAUGAGCUUACCAGUAGACCUAAGAUUAUAUAAUGAAUUCGAUUUUUUAAUGCAUGAUAAAGUAAUUUUUUAAUCUACAUGCAACAUCAUGUAAUUAGCUGUUUUGGAAAAAGUUUCUUAUCAGAAUUUAUGUACAUAAUUAUAUAUACAACCUUCACACUCUGUUAAAUGCCUCAUCUGAAAGGAUACCCUGCUUCCUGCUUAUGAUGCUAAAUAGUGAAAUUGUAUAUACUAUAAGGUCCCCAGAUCCUGAAAACCAUAUCCUAUUCAGUGGCAUAUGCAAUGUACCCAUGUAGGCCAAAAUAAAAAUAAGGGUGUGCUCCUCCUCCUGGGCUCGCUCUCUUGUCCUGAUAUUUGCUCUGAUUGGUUACAACUUAAUAAUUAUUCUCGGGCGUUCACAGUUUUGUGACUUUGACAAUAACGUGGAUAUUUUCACCUCAAUAUAUUAUAACAUUUAUAAUACCCUACUACUAUGGGGGGUGUCAAUGACACAACUAUUAAACCAUGAUGAAAUAUGAAAGUCCCUGCUGUAAUGAAUGGCAUUAACUUGUAGUUAUAGUAAAAUGUAUGGCCAUGACCCAGUGUAAACAUCACCCACAAUAAUAAUCUGAACAUGAUGCACUCAACAUUUGUCUUUUUUUCUAUCAUUAACAGUCAUGCUCAGGAGUUGUUAAAUGCCAUAAAGAAAUUUUACCUUGCUGAUCUUGAGACAGUACAGAUUGAUGGAGUCAGUGCUGAUCCACCAAAGCCUCUUCCAUGGUAAACAUGUACCUCCGACUGCCACUCUCCAGUUGUUCAAACGAUAGAUAGCACCAUCCACUGGAUGAAUCACUAUCAGACAGAUUAGUAUUAGGGAAACUGAUUUCGUUAUCCACUGGAUAGAGAUUUAUCCAGUGGAUUGUGUUAUCCAUGUUUUCAACAACUUUCAAGGCAGCAUGGCUACCUUUUGCAAUUUCUUAAAAAAAUUACAGAUUUUCAUUUCCCAAAGUACAGAUUUUCAUUUCAUAAAUUACAGAUUUCACAAAGUACGGAUGCUCAUUUUGUUUCAUUUUGCAAAUUCCACAUGGGUUUGUGCUCAGAAAAAUCAGAGGAAACAGAAGUCAGUAUUUAAUUACCUGUACAGAUGACAGGUCCUGUGUUUGUAGUUCAGAUACAUCUCCAGGUGCUUUCAUUACAUAUCCUACCUGCAGAGCAUAAUUGAGUGAUCAGGCUUGACCGGGAAUCCAAUCCUGACUUUGCGAUGACUGGGUGCAGUGCUCUAUCCAUUGAGAUACUCAAGCCAACUGGAGAGUAAGCCAUUAUGAGUUCUUUUAAAAUAGACCUGAUGGUGGAAAUGACGUGAAAAAUUGAAUUAUGUGAAACAAACUCAUUAUGGCUUGUUCUCCAUUUGACUUGAUUAGCUCAAUACAGUGUAGAUACUGUAGAGCAUUGUGUGCGGUCAUUGUAAAGAUCAGAGUUCCAUUCCCAGGCAAGACUGAAUUUAUUCAGGUUCUUUUCAGCCACUUAACUUGCAUUGUUUGUUGAUCAUGUUCACUUUCAUGUAUUUAUCUGCAGUUCAAAAUAUGAUUUGUUUCAUAUAUUUCGACUGAUGUUAAAACAGCCAACUGAAAGCGAGAUUGGCUUAGUCUACAGCAUCUCCUCUCACCUUUGCUCUGCCAUUUACAUUCGCAAAACUAGGCGGAAACUGAGACAAUGUUUCAGCAAGCACCUUCAAAGCGUUGAGAAAAAUUUGGUGGUUUUUUCUGUCCCUCAGCAUCUUAACCCAGCUGCAUGGUCACUCCACUAACAACACUUUUGUUCGUGGAAUUAUGCUCUGUAAGGAAAAUGCACAAUGGAAGCAUUUGGAGAUUUGCCUGAUCUUCAAAUUUGGCAACCGUCAUCUGCAUGGGUUAAAUAAUUAACUAGGUAUACAAAGAAAAUUACAAAUGAUUUACAUAUGGUGCGCGUUAUGGGAGGUGUGUUUCCUUCUUUUUUCCUUAUUACUUUGUGUGCUUUUGUCGUGCUUCUGCUGUCCUUUUGUCGAACAGAAGCACGACAUAUGAACUGUGCCUAAAUCUUCAUAUUAAUUUUUGUUCUUUUGUUCAGCUCCCUGAUUGGUUACUUUGUGACAUCCGAUUGUACUGCUUUUGCCACCGCUUUUAUGAUUGGCCUUUUGAAGAGCGUCUGUGUGAAACGCUCAUCACGGUUCCUUGUCACGGUUCCUUGUCACGCACUUCAUGCAUAUUCUGGGCAGGUUGCUGGUUGUAUUAUUGAUUGCUCGCAGAUCGUGGAGCAGUUUCAUCCAGGGAAACGAUUGGUUUUGUUUGAUUGAUAUUUCUAGUAGCAUGCCUGUGUAUUCGUAUUGAUUGCUCACACUCUGUGCUGAUAUCAUCAACAGUAAUGGUUGAUUUUGUUUGAGUGAUAUUCUGACACUAAUAGAGUCUGUGCUAGUACGUUGGAAAAACACCAUGUCGAAAACGCUUCGUUUAGCAGAAGGCUUCUCGCCAGAUGCGAUUGCGGGCAGACUUGCCGAAAAAACGCGUAUACAAGAGGAAAUGGAAAAUAUUGUUUUGAAAUUACAACGUUCCGACUGUUCAUACAUUUUAAGGAACAAUACAAUACAUUGCGGGAAACCGUCACAUUCACGGAUAAAAAGAAAAUCGCUUAUAAUUAUUCAGAUCCAGGGGGCACUUUGGACAAAUUAAGCAACCUAAAACCGUUAUUUAUGAAGAACUUUACAUUUCAAAACAGGUCAAAGAAAAAAUUCUCUUGCAUCAGAGGGCAAAUCAUGCCGACCAGAAACAAUGACCGCGGAAAAUCAACAUGCGUGUCAUGACCUUUCAGUUUGAAAUAAGCGGCAAAAAUCACAUUUGAUCAGUGAAAACGUUUUCCUCCAGAGCAUAAUCUACCCGUCAGAAAAAAACAUAAUUGGAACAAGCAGCAUUUUGGCAUGAGGUAAAAGUCGUGUGUUGCAACUUGGUGCAGAUUGGUGCAACGUGGUAUAGUUUGGUGCACCUUGGUGCAGUCUGGUGCAACUUGGUGCAGUUUGGGCAACUUGGUGCAGUUUGGUGCAACUUGGUGCAGAUUGAUGCAACUUGGUGCACUUUGGUGCAGAUUGGUGCGACUUGGUUCAGAUUGGUGCAACUUGGUACAGUUUCGUGCAACUUGGUGCAGUUUAGUGCAACUUAGUGCAGUUUGGGCAACUUGGUGUAGUUUGGUGCAACUUGGUGCAGAUUGAUGCAACUUGGUGCAGUUUGGUGCAACUUGGUACAGAUUGGUGCGACUUGGUUCAGAUUGGUGCAACUUGGUGCAAUAUGGUACAUUUCGGUGCAACUUGGUGCAGAUUGGUGCAACUUGGUGCAUUCUGGUGCAACUUGGUGCAGAUUGGUGCAACAUGGUCCACUUUGGUGCAGCUUGGUGCAGAUUGGUGCAAUGUGGUCCACUUUGGUGCAACUUGGUGCAGAUUGAACUUGGUGGAGUUUGGUGCAACUUGGUGCAGAUUGGUGCAAGUUGGUGCAGAUUUGUGCAACAUGGUGCAUGUUGGUGCAACUUGGUGGAGAUUGAUUGAUUUUUGUUUGUGAAACCGGUCUUGCAGUCAUAGCUAAGCAGAGAGUUACAUUCUUCUUAGAACUUAACCAUGACACUUAUAAUCUGGUACCAAAGAGAUCACUAUCAUUUUGCGUACACUGCGGAAAGCCUGGUUCCGUACUUAAAACUAGGCAGUCUUUUGACUCAAACAAGCAUAUUCUCGACCAGCUACCGAUUGCAGAUUAAUAGAAGGAAAGCUUUCCGUAGGACUUUUUAGUCCUAGUUCGUUAUCUUUCAGUGAUAACGCAAUUGUAAGCAAUUUCUAUUCUAAGAAAUUUUAUGCACUUUUCGAAGCUUUUCAAAGAUUCGCCACCAACUUGAAGGGAAUUUGAAUAAUUAUGAUCACCUUUGAUUACAGAACCACGCUCGCCCAUUAGUCAAGCAUAUCAUUCUGAUUACAGCGUAACUGAGCCAAUAAACUAAACGUUACUGAUCAUUUUCACUCCUUCUAAGCAGCAAAAGUUGAUCUAAAUUCUUCGAACGUGCAAGCUGAGGACUCGUAGCCUUUAUUAUAACCCUGGUGGAGGUGUAGGAAGGCUAUCUUUGUCGACAAAAGUACUAUUGAUUUUCCUAUUUUUCUCCUAUUUUUUGAUACAAAGUUUCAUAUUUUUCCUAUUUUCUCAAUCCUGAGCUUCCUAUUUUCUUGAGCAACCAUGCCGCUGGACACCCUGAAAAAUUCCUUUGACUACAGAAACAACCUCAAUUAAUUAGCUUACGUGGCAGGGGUUCGAUAGGGAAGGAAAGGGAAUUUCAGGUGCGUGAGAAGUGCGAAGGACGGGCGAGGAAGCAGGCUACCAGUUCAUCAAAACACUUAUUUUUGAGAGGUCAUAAUAACACAACAUGUUUAGUUUUUUUCUUAAUCUGCUUCAACGCAAAAUCUGUUGGGGACGAAAUUUUCAAGUACUACUGGAAAGGAUUUUAUCAGGAAAAAAUGGUCUCCCCAAAAUCUACAAGGGAAAAAAGGAGCACCUUGGCUUGAGGGACCUCGAGGAGCUGCCAAAGUCAAUAUAUGAUUUGCUGUGGUUUCAGCUUACUGUAGAAAACAAGCUUUUCUCCUCCACCAAGACAUUCGUUAAAGGAAGUUAUAAGUUUUAAAAAACACCUUGUUGAACAAAACUGUCACUCUUAUUUAUUAGUCUCUUACCGGGAAUAAAGUGUGAUAGAAAUUUACGAACUUUUCAUUAGAAAACCUUUUAAAUUUCAUUUUGCUUUAUUCUUAUUUGAAGGAAAAUUAAUAUUUUACAGCAAUUUUCCUGUUUUUAGUUAGUUUUCGAUGACUUUACUUUACUUUGUUUUACUGCAACCUACAACACUAUCCCAAAAAUAAAAAAAUGUUUCAUCUGACUUUGCUUGGCUGGAUUAACACAUAUAACACUCUAGUAAUUCCAGCUUUGGAUAACCAGCCCGAACUUGUUAAUCUCUCUUUUCACUAGAGUCUUCGAACUCUUCCAGAAAAGAAAGUGCUUAAAUUUUCACGAAAUGGUUUCCAAAAACUUGAAGGAGAAGAGGAUCGAAAUACACACUCCGUAAUUGGUUACAUUCAGUAGCCCAUAGGAAAGCAAGAAUUUCGAUCCGCCACGUAGGUAUUAAUGUUCAAGUUCAAAGCUAAAUAGACAGAACGGCUGUACCGUUCUCGCUAUGACAAAGUACAAGUAAAGUUGCUCUUGUAAAAGCAACUAAGCACAAAGCCAACCCAGCAACUGAUGAGGUUCAUGUGGAGAACCGAAACCAUGUUCUUGCCUGUAGAUCAAAAAGUGGCAAUAACAAAACAGUUUAAAGACUGUUAAGCUUAUUCAAAAGCUGCUACCAAGGGAGAAAUUACGUGCUCCAGUCAACAGAAUCACACUAUCUUUAGAAAAACACUAAGCUGGAGUUUACUGAGUCACAAUUCAUUUCUCCAUAGUACGCUGAUGUAGCUUCAGUUUGAGCUACACUUCAUUCUUAUAUUUUUGGAUCUGUAAAUCACUAUCCGUGAUAAGUUAACAUUCUGCAAAGAAAACUAACGAGCUGGGCCCAACGUGAUAUACAGCUUUCCAGAAAGACAUUACACUCACGGACUAAAGAAUAUUGCUUAGUUAUUCAGAUCCAGAAGGCACUUUGGAGAAAACUGGAACCCUUAUUCAACCGUAAUAAACAGCUUUACGCUUCAAAAGAGGUCAAAGAAAAUGCGCUUGCAUCAGAGGGUAAAUCCUGCCGACCAGAAACAAUAACUACAGUAAAUCGAUAUGUGUGUCAUGACCUCUCAGUGUGAAACAUGUCGCUAAAAUCACAUUUGCUCAGUGAAAAUGUGGAACCUUCCAGAGCAUAAUCUACCUAGCAGAGAAAAAAAAUAUAUUGGAAUGAGCAGCAUUUUAGCAUGAGGUAAAAGUCGUGUCGGCCUAACACCCCCUUUUAUUGCCAGGAUAACUAAGCAACCUCACGGUAGUCAUAAAUGACCUCAAUGACCGCGAAGUACUGAUUGAUCAGAAGCAGAUGAUGAUAUCACCACUUGUAACUUUGCCUUGAAAUGUUUAAUACCGAAGUUACUACGUGUUACAGUCUUGUUACGUUAUUACGCUAUUACGGCAAGGUACUUCACUCAUCUUUCCUAUUGGCAUCAAAGCUACCGUAAAAGCAAGUGUUUCAUCCUUAUUAUGCUAUUACGGCAAGGUACUUCACCCUUCUUUCUUAUUGGCAUCAAAGCUACUGUAAAAGCAAGUGUUUUAUUCUUAUUACGUUAUUCUAUUACGGCAAGGUACUCCACUCUUCUUUUUGGCAUCAAAGCAACUGUAAAUGCAAGUUUUUUCAUUCUUAUUACGUUGUUACGCUAUUACGGCAAGGUACUUCAUUCUUCUUUCUUUUUAGCAUCAAAAGACUUUGAUUUCCUUCUUAUGGAUCUUUUUGUAAGCGCUGAUCAAGAUGGCAGCCGUUUGUGUCUGUAUUUGUCGUUUCAUUUCGUUUACUGAACUUGCUUUAUAUCUUACAAUUUUAUAUGGUACGGCAACCUAAAGGCCUCUGCUACCUGAUUAUGACUAAGUUUAACGCAAAGGCAUCUUUUAUCAAGAACAACCAAGAACUAAAGUUUCCGAGGCAGCCAAUUUUGAUCUGGUACAAGCAUGGUCCAACCUGUUUGGUUUUACCAAUAGAUUUAACUGUCCACAUGGAUGUUGAGCUUAAUCCUGGUCCCUUACAGAAGAAACCAAUUUAUUUGCUGACCUGUCUACUUGCGAUUCCUGUGAUAUCUGGCCUGGUCUCGCAUACAAGUGAUAAACUGUUGUCUACAAAUUAUGCUGACACCCGCCAUGUUGGAUUUUGUGGUUCUUACUAUUCGAAUGUCUACCAUCGAUUUUCUUAACGGCCUUGUUCAUUGCCAUUAGCAUCGACCUACAGGAGGUGCCGCGCUGGCCAUCAAGUUAGAGAAAGGAGAGCUAGAAACAUUGACAGAAUUGAAUGCCUGGUUUCUUAUCCAGGCGCUAGCCGAGGAAGCGAUAAUUUGCAUAAAGGAUCCAUUUCAAAUAACCUCUGCGUCGUUACACCUGUGAAUAUAAACAAUCACUUAUCUUCUAUCAUUACUUCGGCUAACUCUUCACUUCAUACAAAUUUGUUCGUCAAUCCACGUUCAACUUUCCUAAACUUUGCUGUCUUCGAUUCUAGAUCUGUUAGAAACAAGAUCGAGAGCAUUAUUGACCACGUCGUAGAAAAUGACAUUGGUCUCUGCACAAUUACCGAGACCUGGUUAAAUGACGCUGAUUCUGUCAGUAUUGCUCAGUUGUCUGUGGCCGGUUAUUUCUUCAAGAAUUUUUCUCGACAAUCGCAAAACAGUGUUGGUGGAACUGGGAAUCUGUUUCGAGACUUUGUCAACGUUUCAUUAGUGGAUGGGAAGGAAAACAAGUCCUACGAAUAUUCUGAGUGGAUUGUUAAAGUGCACGAUCGCUCAAUGAGACAUAUAAUAGUGUAUCGACUUCCAUAUUCUUCAUUACAACCUGUUUCUGCCUCUGUUUUCUUUGAUGAAUUCUCUCAGUUUUUAGAGAAUGUUGUUAUGUGCCCCAGGGUGCUUGUUAUCUUUGGAGACCUCAACCUUCAUUGAGAUGACCUCGGUGACAAUGACACCAAGAAAUUUAUGGAUUUACUGGAAAUGUUUAGUCUUUCGCAACACGUUUCCGGCCCGACCCAUUUAUUGGGUCAUACCUUGGAUCUAAUUAUUACUCGUUUGCCGGAUGAUGUUGUUCUUGCUUCUCCUAAAGCUACUUUUCCCAUCUCUGAUCAUUUUAUUAUUCAGUGUCCUAUUGGCUUCCCGUGACCAGCUUUAUCAUGCAAAGAACUGACUUUUCGUAAACUCAAAAAUAUUGAUAUUUUCAAAUUCUCAGCUGAUAUUGCCUCUUCUAUGCUUUGUACAAGCGUACACUGGGACAACAUUGAUGCACUCUCCGACUGCUUUAACAUGACACUCACUGACAUUUUGGACAAGCAUGCUCCGCUUAAAACAAGGAUUAUGAUAAAUCGUCCAAAGAUCCCGUGGUUUAAUGCUGAUAUUAAACAACUCAAGCAUAAACGUCGUCGCCUUGAAAAGAAAGCCUUGAAAACUGACCUCCCUGGUGACUGGAAUAAUUACCAUAAAGUUCGUAAUCAGUACUCUGCACUUCUUUAUAUUCAAACCUAAUUGAUCAGUGUGCGGGUGACUCUCGCAAGCUAUUUCGUGUGGUUAAUUCUUUGUCCAGGGAACCACUUGAGAUGGCUCUUCCAGAGCACAAUGAUCCCACUAAGCUAGCAAACGAAUUUGGCACCUUCUUCCUCCAAAAAAUUGAAAUCAUAAAGGAAAAUCUUGACAAGUUUCAAGUUCAAGAGCCUCGACUUGCUCCUGUUACUACAAAGGAGAAUCUGGAGAAUUUUCCUUCGCUGUCCAAAGGAGAAGGGUGUUAGGUUGUUCGGGAAUCCUCCAAUGCCUUUUGUCGGUUGGAUCCUGUUUCUACAUGGCUAGUAAAGUCCUGUCUUGAUGUAUUAGCGCCCUCUAUCACUGAGAUGAUUUAUCUCUCUCUUCUCAGUGGUUGCGUUCCAGAAAAUUGGAGAACCAUUGUUGUCAUUCCUCUAUUGAAAAAACCUGGACUUAAUUUGGUCUACAAAAUUUCCGUCCAGUCAGUAAUCUUCCAUUCAUUUCCAAGGUAGUGGAAAAGGCUGCACUUCAACAACUUCUCAUCCACUGUGAGAAAAAUGCCCCUCUUCCUAAAUUCCAGGCCGGCUUCCGUAAGUAUCACUUAACAGAGGCUCUAUUAAAGGUUCAAAAUGACAUCUUAAUGAGUAUGGAUAAUAAGGAAGUGACACUUCUCGUACUUUUGGACCCAAGUGCUGCAUUCCAUUCUUCUGAAUAUUUUGCAACAGGAUUUUGGAGUCGUCGGAACUGCUUUAAAUUGGUUCGACUCAUUUCUGUCUGGUCGCAAACAACAUAUACUUGUCGUUGAUAAGACUUCUGACAACUUCAAUCUGAACUGUGGAGUCCCCCAGGGCAGUUGUAUUUGGCCUAUUUUAUUUACUCUCCAAGUCUCCCACCUCUUUAACAUUAUUUCUCAGCACCUCCCUUCCGUCCAUGGUUAUGCUGAUGACACCCAGAUUUACCUCUCCUUCCGACCUUGUUCUAUCCUUUCGGAAAUUAACGCUGUCUCUGUGAUUGAAAAGUGCAUUGCUAAUGUUCGCUCUUGGGUUAUUGGAAAUUGGUUAAUGAUUAAUGACAGGAAAACUGACUUUCCAAUUAUUGGCACCCGUCAACAACUUGAAAAAACAUCUAUUGAAUCUAUUAUCAUUGGUGACAGCAUCAUUAAACCUUUAGAAAGUGUCCGGAACCUUGGGUCCUGGUUCGAUGCUCAUAUGCAAAUGGCAAGGCUUUUUGCGGACUAUACAACAUAAGACAGAUCAGAAAAUUCCUUACCGUGCAAUCCACAAAGACAUUGAUCCAUGCCUUUGUAUCUUCAAACCUUGAUUACUGUAACGCACUUCUAUUUGGUGUACCUAAAUAUCAGCUUGAUCGUUUACAGAAAGUCCAGAAUGCCGCACCUAGAGUGACUUUUCAGAUUGCGAAAUUUGAUCAUAUCACACCCGCUCUUAUCGACUUACAUUGGCUUCCAGUAACACGCUUUUGAAUAUUCUUCUAUAGUUUUAGCUUUGUACAAAUUCAUUAUCAUUAUCAUUAUCAUUAAAGCUACUGUAAAAAGCAAGUGUUUCAUUCUUAUUAUGUUGUUACGCUAUUACGGCAAGGUUCUUCACUCUUCUUAUUGGCAUCAAAACAACUGUAAAGGCAAGUGUUUCAUUCUUAUUACGUUAUUACGCUAUUACGGCACGAUUCGUCACUCUUCUUUCUAAUUAGCAUCAAAGCUACUAUCAGAAAGUAAUUGAGCCGGCGAUAUCAACCCCCACUAAAAACCCUUAAAGACAUCUUUCUAACCAGUGUAAACAAGAGGUAAUGGUCUUGUACAGUAAUCAGUUUCUUAUUACGCUAUUCAAGCCUAAUAAGAAAAAAAGAAGAAAUGGCUAUCACAUUCUGGGCAUGCUAUAAUGAUUUAAAGGUAGCACAUCUACAUAGUGGUUCUUUGUCUAUCAUUCCUUGUUGAAUCCUUGUUUUCCCCGUCCAUUGGUAUAGACCCCAACAGACAGCAACUGAGACGACGAAUCCUUUAAUAGCUUUAAUAAAGUAGCAAUUCCGAAAAUCAAGGUACAAAUGAACGAUUCUAAGAUUACGUUCCGAUCAUAUUUGGGGCGUAUAGCAAAGCCGAUUUCUGAUUACAUUACAAUAAAAUGAAAUAUGAUCAAUGAAAUAUAUCACGAGUUCGAUUGCUCAAUCAUUUAAUGAUGAACUAACUCUUGCGGUUAAUGUUAAGUCAAACAUUUUGUUCAUAACAAAUCCUCUGGGGGCACCAUUUGAGAUGGGGAUGAGUCUGGGCUUACUCUGACUUCACGAUAACACAGCAUUUCUGGACUGAUCGCCUCAAUUCUGAAUCUUUAGUUUUGACGAGGACAUUCCUGACCACAGCAUCUGUUCCUGGAUAGACCUCUUUCACUAAGGCAGGUUCCCGUUUUCCUUGGGGGCGUUGAAAUCAACGAAAAGAACGACAUUGCCGACCUUGAUUUGGCGACCUUUGGUAUGCCACUUUGAUCUUCACUUGAGCAUUGGGACGUAUUCACGAAUGAAUCGUCUCAAAAAGUCUGCACAAACUCAAAGCGCUUUCUUGGGUUUCGUACUUCCUCAAAGGGGCCUUGAGGAACACAGGAUGAGGCUCCCCUGAGAAGGAGGUGGUUAGGCAUUAAUGGCUGAAGAUCGUUUGGAUCAUUGGAUAGAUAACCAAGGGGCCUGCUGUUUAUCAGGGACUUGACCUCAGCAAAGACAGUGGACCUUUCAUUCCAUGACAGGACUUGGUUACCGACAGCGACCCGCAAUGCUCGUUUGGUCUGCUUAAUUAGGCUUUCAUAGAUUCCUCCCUGGUGGGGACUGUAGGGUGUGGUAAAUAUCCCUGUGGAGCACAGCAAAAUCAUUGAUCUGCUUUCUUCCUUCGAUCACCAGCUUUCUUAACUCUCUCUCUGCUCCGACAAAGGACUUCCCGUUGUCGGUGAUAAUAGUAGCUGGCCACCCAUGGUGAUACAUGAAACAUCGUAGGGCUUGAAGGAAGGACUCAGUGACAGGCUUUACACUAUUUCCAGAUGGGUGGCUCGCAUGGUUGUGCAAGUAAAGAGAGCACCCCACGCUAUAAUAGACUUGUUCCUUCCACACUGAAUGGGCCAAAGAGGUCUACUCCUGUAACUGAGAACUGCGGAGAAAAGGGCAAGACUCUUUCAGGAGGUAAUUCUGCCAUUACAGUGGUGUGUGGCGGCGGGCAUAGCUGGCGACAAACUGCACUAUCUCUGACGAGUUUCUUAGCAGGGCUUCUUCCAUGUACAAUCGAAAACUUUCGGCGGCUUUCACUCAAGGUUCUUUCCGGGCCCGCAUGUGAAACUUUAUGGUGAACAUCUUCCAUGAUAAGCUGGGAGAUAUGGUUGGUUGAAGACAGCAACACGGGAUGCUUCUGGUCAUAGUCCAACUGUGAUUUAUUUAGUCGACCACCUACUCUGAUGGUGCCAUCCAUAAAUGGAGCCAAAUUGUUAAAACGAUCUCUCCAAUCAGGCAGGUCUUUCUGUGCUCUGGCAAUCCAGAACGUUUCUGCGUGCCGAUUUCCUCUGCCUGCAACAGACCCACUCAGCUAUUUCUUGGGUCUGAAUGUGAACUCUAUGUUGUGAACGAAACGGAGGACAUACACUGUGACUCUUGUGAGCUUCUGCCAACUCGAGUAAUGUAAAGGAUCCAUCAGUGGUCUCUGAUUGCUUAAUGGGGCCAUUGUCUUUGUCUCCUUUUUCUCGGGAUCGUCUUCCGUACUUAAACAAACUGACUUGAUUGGCCGCUCUUCCUUUGGGCCUUUUAGAAAUUGUGGCCCAUUCUUCCAACGCAUAUCGAUGUCUUCCAAAGAGAUGCCUCAGCUAAGGUCGUCAGCAGGGUUAAGGUUUGUUGGAACAAGUCGCCAGUACUUGGGGUCCCAGGUAGACUUUAUCUCGGCAACAAACUCACGUAAAGGGCUUAAACGAGACUGACUCAGAGUUCAACCAAUGUAAAACGAUCCUGGAAUCUGACCAGAAAGUAACUGACACAGGCUUGAUCUUAAACUCGUCACAGAUGGUUUGGGCAAGUCGGAAAGCCACGAGGGAAGCCAUCAGCUCUAGUCUUUCUCCAUCUAGAUGGACAGCGGUCAGUACAGCUGUGCUUUCGACAGAUUUUUCUGCAUCAGGUUUCUUCAGGGAAACUUGUGACAGUUUAUUUAGGACGAUUUCAGACGACGAUAUCCACUCUUUAAUUUUGAAGCUGCUGGUGUCAAGAACUUGGUCAAGUUCUUUAAUGCUUUGCACAGCUUCCUUUGUUGUCGGACAAGAAUGAAUCAAGUCGUCCAUGUACCUGUCACGUCUCAAAAUCACUGCGGCAUGUGGAUUAUCUUUCCCAUUAUCCUUGGCCAUUUUCAGUAUAACAAAAGGUCACUCUUUGUAGGGCGUAGAUGGUGGGUUCUUUGUAAACUCCAGGUUUCUCCAGAGGCACCGAUGGACGUGUGUGUCUUCCUCCAGUAACUCAAUUUGUAAGUACAUCUUUGCGAUGUCCCCCACGAAGGCAGUAGGUUCUUCUCUAAAGUGAAGCAAUACUCAGAGCAGAUUUGCAAUAAGACAUGGACCCUUGUGUAAAAAGGAGUUUAAGGAGACACCUUGGUACUGGCAUUCUGGGUCGAAGACUAUCCUUAAAGGAGUGCUUUUCUUGUCAGGUCGGUAUAUUCCGUGGUGAGGGAGAUAAUGCACCGGUUUGACAUUGGCUUCUGAAUCUUCUUCGCUCAGGCCGCGGGCCAAACCAUUUUUUUCAUACUCCAUUAUGGCAUUGUCGUACCGUUUGGCCUUAGCUUCAUUCUUGAGUAGGUUCCUUUCCAAAGAGAAGAGCCUCUUCUCCGCCAGUGGAUAAUUGCUUGGAAGAAGGGAUUUGUCCCUUUGCCAGGGAAGCCCUACCAUGUACCUGUCUCCUCGAUGCUUACGGGAGUUCUCCAUUAGUUCUAUGGCUUUAUUUGGCGACAUGGCUACUCUUGAACAAGAGCAAUCUCUUGCUUGGACGCCGAGAGUUUCUAGCUCAUAAAACUCCGAGAUGUUCAACAGUUGGACAAAACUAAUGCUGCAAACGGUAUCUGAAUUCUUGGCAUUGUCAGAGCCAAUGACAAACCAUCCCAAUUUGGUUCUCUUGCCUACAGGAUCAAACUGACGGCCUUGGCGAAUUUCACAUUUGGCAUGUAGGUGACUGUAUUGAACGCCUAGAAUAAGGUCUACAGGGCCAGCCUUGUGUGACAGGACAAUGUGGCUGAGAUAGUUAAAGGACAAUAACCAUUGUCAAUCUAACGGAGGGAUGCCAAAGACAGUUUUUUCAAUCUCGUGUGCUUCUGUGCUGAACUCCUCACUGCCUUCGACGGGAGAAAUCCAGAACUUGAGACGCCUGCUGUCGGGCUGUUUCACUGUCUCUCCUCCAACAACGGCCAAACCUUUACGGAUCGCAGUCGUAGUUGCUCCACUGUCAAUCAGAACAUUCCCCUCUCUAAUUCGACCAUUGGGUACUCUAAAACGAACUUUUACGACUGGCAAGAUGCCGUUCAUGUCCAACACAGAUGCGACUCCGCUUGUAGGAGGGUCCGUGUGUAACAGGGAGUGGUGGAACCUUUGGCACCCAUUGAUCUCACAUUUCUUCCUUGAGCGACAGUCUCUUGUCAUAUGACCUUUGCUUAGAUAGGAAAAGCACAAUGUUGCCUUUGUUACGAACUUAAACCGUUCGUCCACAGUUGAGUCACUCAGGGUGAGACAGGUGGGUACUGUGUGGCUACCUUCGCAUAUUGAACACUUCAGUUUUUUGCCCGUGGUCAAUCCGGUCGACUGAAUCCCCUUUCUUCCUCGGCCACCUCCGCCAAAUUCAGAUUGAAUAAAAGUCUGGGUCGAAUUCGGCCUUGACGCAUUUCCUCACAAAGUCACUUAUGUGUUGAAGCGUGGGAACCUGGCCUCUUUCUCUAAUAUCUGCCACCACCCCUUUCCAUUUGUCUACGAGAUAGUCAGGAAGACGCAUGACAAUUCUUCUCAAGUUAUCGUUGGCGUUUACAUCUGCAUAAUAAUUGAGGCGGUGCAUGAUGGAAAGGCAAUUGAUGAUAUCCAGUGAGAAUUCUCUGAGAGCUUGUCUGUUGUUCCUUCCAAUCCUGUCUCCCAUAGUCAGCUUGUUCACCACAGCUCUGGCUAUUACACUCGGCUGGCCAAACUGCUCCUUCAGACCCUUUAGAGCUGUAGCAUACAUUAUGCCCUUUGAUCCCACGCCAGAGAUCGCUCGUUCAGCUUCGCCCUUUAAGAGCAUACGCAACUGAAUCAUUUGCGUGUCAUCUUUAUGGUCUACCUUUUCAUGGAUGUGGAUCUUGAAUUGAUCUAUGAAAUCUGUAUAGGAGAGAGGAUCACCAUUGCAGGAAGGUAGUUGUAUUAAAGGAAUGUCCUUAUUAGCUUCUAAUUUGAAAAGCGCAUCAGCUAUCGUGACAUUUCCUACGUCGGACUUGGGAAGGACUGUCUCUUAAACUCAAGGAGGUCGUCAAUCCAAAAGUCAAAUAAGCAGGCAUGCUCCAGCUUGCCUUUAGAAGCAACAUUUAAUGCCACCUGAUGUGAAACAUGCGGUUGUUUUGACGUCUGUAUGGUCUGUUGAGCUUCAACAUUAUUAGUAGAGGUGUGACCAGCAUGAUUUUCCACGAUUGUCAAAUCCUGGGCAGGAACGGGCUGGACCUGGGAAUUUGCCGAUACAUUAGUGCCACUUGAUUGACCUGAGUUCCCAACAGAACUAUUUGUGUCACUCGCGUUACUUGCGUGACUAGCCUCUCCAACAGAAUCGUCUGCGUUACUUGAGUGAUUCAUGUCCCCCACAGAACUGCUUGUGUUACUUGCGUGGCUCGUGUCCCCCACGGAACCGCUCGUGUUACUUAAGUGGCUCGCGUCCCCCACAGAACCGCUUGUGUUAACUUGAUUUUCUUCAAGCGCGAUUAAAGAAACUUCCACUUCGUUUUCAAUGGAAAAUACAUCAUUAGCCAUAUCAUUUUCCCACUGAUCCAUGGUGUCAUAUUCUUCUGCCUCCACUAGAUCAUACAGCUCACCCUUCUGCUCUCGAGCAAUUUCGUAGUCCUUUCGAAGCUGUUUGAUUUCUUUCCCCAGACAUGCUUUGUUCGCUUGAACUUGAUCUUCAUCUAGUAUCUCACGAAUACGCUUAAUAGCCAAGGUUAUUCUUCGGCGGCUGACUUCUCUUCUUCUUAAGGGCAUUCUCCGGGUUUAUAGUUUCUUCACUGGUUCCUCCACCUUUGUCUGUCAUCUUUCAUAAACAGAGGAUUAUCUACAAGGGUACCAUACCAAAUGGCCGGCUAAAUCGACGCUCAAAUCCUUCAGAAAUUUUGGUAUAGACCCCAGCAGAUAGCAACCGAGACAAGGAAUCCUUUAAUAGCUUUAAUAAAGUAGCAAUUCCGAAAAUCAAGGUACAAACGAACGAUUCUAAGAUUACAUUCCAAUCUUAUUUGGGGCACAAAGCAAAGCCGAUUUCUGAUUACAUUACAAUAAAAUGGCUAGAACAAGUUUAAAGACGAACAGAUUAAGGAAUAAGAUGAUUGUACAUGAAGGGUAAAACCUCCCUCGGUCAAAAAGGUUUGAACUGUCCGUCAGGAAAUUACUGACUGUAAACACUGUGCGAAAACAAUUAUUGCUGUCCGCGUGUAACUUGUCUGAGCUACUUGAGAACAAAAAACUAAUAAUGAAAUAUAUCACGAGUUCAAUUGCUCAAUCAUUUAAUGAUCAACUAACUCUUGCGGUUAAUGUUAAAUCAAACAUAUUGUUCGAAAUAUCUAUUAUUCCUUACUGGUUUCUUAGGAGAGGGGAAACUGGAGAACUCAUAUUGCUUUUGCUCAUAUGGGCAGUAAUAUUUUCAAGAAUUACAGCACCAUGGAAUAAUAACUAUUUUCUUAUUUAAAACCUCAACAAAAUGAUGAUGUGGAAAAUUCAAAAUCAAUGUAAUAUUUAUUUCAGGUAUCCUGAUGAAUUAGCAUGGCAGAUAAAUUUUACUAAAAAAUUUAUCAGAAAAUCCUCGUCAAUGGAAAAGUUUCACAGUUUCCUGGUCCAUGAAACGGAAACUGUAAGUACAGGUUUGGCAGGGUCCGCACAGACUUGAAAAGUCCUUGAAUUUUAGAGGGAGUCCUUGAAAUGUCCUUGAAUUCCAUUUUUCUGUGAAUAGUCCUUGAACUUUCUUCAGCUUUGAAUGUAGAGGCCUGGAAAGAGUUUUUUUAAAUGCUUUUUGGUUGUCAAAGACAGUAUAUAAAUCAUAGCUUAGAGAAGUUAAAUGUGAUUUGUAUCAAGCAUUUUUCAUAUUUUAUGCACGAAUUAACUAACAACUUAAGACAAAUGAACUAAAAAAUGUAGAGAAGUUGGUAGAGCAAACAGGUCAAGCCUUAAAGCCCUGUUAGAAUUGAAAGGGAAUUGCAUUUUUGCACAAUCUGUGAAAAUACAUUCCUUAUACACUGUAUAGGUAGUCCUUUAAAAUCUUACAUUAUCCUUGAAAACGUCUUGAAAAGUCCUUGAAAAUGGUUGCAAUGGUUUCAAAAUGUUUGUUAGUAAGGAUAGUCAAGCCAGCUUUCGCAUUUUGGAAUCAAAUUUUGAGUUGUUUUUUCCCAUACGCUCCUUUUAUCAGCUUGGGUUUUUAAUCGCUAUGUCAAUAAUCUGAGAUCACAGUGCCAGUAAACACACUGAAAGCAACUGCUAAGAUCUUUUUCUGUUUCAUUUAUGCAUAAUAUUCCAUGAAUCAAUAAACCAAAGUACAGUCAACUCUUGCCUUACGGACACCCAGUUACGGACAGCAGCUAAACCCUAGGCAAAAAUAAAUUACAGACCUUUAACUGAAAUGAACUCCUGCCAUUACUGACUCUCUCUAAUGUGGACACUAGCCCAAGGUCCCUACAGUGUCCGCUAUAAAAAGAGAGUUGACUGUACAGACCUUUAAAAGUAGUUACCAUUUACAUGGGGAAUCGGGAAAUUCCAGUUGGAAAAUCAAAUGAUUUGCACCAUUCCAUUUGGGAAGCUUCAGAACAUAUGGGCUGUGAUUUGGGGCAAUGUAAUUCAUGUACUCUCUUUAUAGUCUGUUCAGCUGAUUUUAAUACAUUUUGUAGUUAUUUUUUCACACCAUGUUGAGUUUUAUAGUUUUAUGUUUGUGAACAAGAUUUCCACCCGGGUGGUCUGUGUAAAUGGUAAGGACCCUUUAUUAAGGUUGCUUACCCUCUUUGCUACCUAUCUGUUGGGUAGAAGAAGGUAAGUAGCAAUGAUGGCAUUUGUGAUUCUGCAGGUUAAACUGGAAAUAGAGCACUUACAUUCAUUGUGGAGACAUGAUGGCUGAGUGGUUAAUGUCUCGAACUUUGGCUCUGUGGGCAAGAAAAAUGUCUUUCUCCAGCUACAAUUGGCGACAAAAUGAGUUGAGACACUUUUGCCCUAAACUGGGCUUUUUUACGUUCUACUGACUUCAAAAGGAGGAAAUAUAGCUUUUCCUCCCCCAUUCCCUCCAUGCAAUGUUGUACUGAUGUUCGAGCUACAAUCGACGACAAAAUUGUUGAGACAUUGUACUUAAAUAGGGCGACUUCGGAGAACAAAAUAAUCCGCACCCCUCCCCUGUCCCCUCCAUUCAAAGUUGGGGUGUUUGUUGUUUUCUAUAGGUAGCUAGAACAAGGGCACAACAUUGCACGGAGGGGAUGGGGGAGGAAGGCUAUAUUUCCUCCUUUUGAAGUUCAUAAAACGUAAAAAAGCCCACUUUUGGACCAAGUGUCUCAACUCAUUUUGUCGCCGAUUGUCUGAACCGAAAUCUUCGCGCUGUUGUCCUAUUAGCACCGGUUAGGAGACAGUAACCAAUUGAGAUUACUAUAUUCACCGGGUCGUUUUUCAGAAGAUAGAUAAGAUACCCAUAUAAUCCGUUUCCUGUGUUUUUCGAGGGAAAAUUAGUUUUGACAAUCUUUGUACUCGGUAGUGAUUUCAAGUAAUUACGCAGCAUACCCACGUACAGAAUGAUUGAUUUCCCUCUGGUAACUAAGUGUGAUCGGUAGGAAUCGAUGGCAGAUAGUAUAUUGUAUUUGAAUAUAUCCUUAGUAAGUUGGAAGUGUUUAUUCGAAGUUUGGCUAUUUGAUAAGGGUGGGAUGGACGAUAAAAUAGCCAGGAUUGCUAUGCAAGGAGAAUGUUCAGGAAAAAUGUUCCAACUUCUAAUGCACAGCAAAGCUGCAUAGCAUCGCUAAAUCUGUGCAGCAGAUUCGUUGCCCAUAUACCCAUAAGGGUCUUUGAAGAAUGUACUUUACAGUAGAAACUAUGAGGUCAGGAGGAGACUGGCCACGAGUAACCAACUUUGUUCUUAAAAGAUAAUUAGAUUAUUUUGUUUUUAUACUCAUCGUAGUUACUCGUGGAAAUUCCUCCUAAAGAGCAAUUUUAGCCAUUAUAACUACUUUAAUGCCUAGAAAUCUAUUAAGUUUCCUAUCCUUUUCACUUUGUUCUUUGUUGAAUGCGUUUCGAUAAAGGAGAGAAUAAGAAAUCGUGCCCGACGCGCCACGUCGCACGAUGUCAAGGCACGGUUAAGCGUGACACGAAAUGUCACGCACGGAAAAUAACGAAAUCGGCUUAUUCUAAUUGUUCUAAAAUAGGUAUGAUGAAGUCAAACAUAACAAAUAAAAAGCCACCAGGGAUCUCACAUCCCAGCAUAAAAAAAAUGAAAUCAAUUAAUUUUCUCAAGGACGUACGGCCACUUUUGAGAUUCAGACAGUCUGAACCGAAAUCUUCGCGCUGUUGUCCUAUUAGCACCGGUUAGGAGACGGUAACUAAUUAGAUUACUAUAUUCACCGGGUCGUUUUUCAGAAGAUAGAUACGAUACCCAUAUAACCGUUUCCUGUGUUUUUCGAGGGAAAAUUAGUUUUGACAAUCUUUGUACUCGGUAGUGAUUUCAAGUAAUUACGCAGCAUACCCACGUACAGAAUGAUUGAUUUUCCUCUGGUAACUAAGUGUGAUCGGUAGGAAUCGAUGGCAGAUAAUAUAUUGUAUUUGAAUAUAUCCUUAGUAAGUUGGAAGUGUUUAUUCGAAGUUUAGCUAUUUGAUAAGGGUGGGAUGGACGAUAAAAUGGCCAUGAUUGCUAUGCGCAGGAGAAUGUUCAGGAAAAAUGUUCCAACUUCUAAUGCACAGCAAAGCUGCAUAGCAUCGCUAAAUCUGUGCAGCAGAUUCGUUGCCCAUAUACCCAUAAGGGUCUUUGAAGAAUGUACUUUACAGUAGAAACUAUGAGGUUGGGAGGAGACUGGCCACGAGUAACCACAAGUAACCAACUUUGUUCUUAAAAGAUAAUUAGAUUAUUUUGUUUUUAUACUCAUCGUGGUUACUCGUGGAAAUUCCUCCUAAAGAGCAAUUUUAGCCAUUAUAACUACUUUAAUGCCAAGAAAUCUAUUAAGUUUUCUAUCCUUUUCACUUUGUUCUUUGUUUGGAUGCGUUUCGAUAAAGGAGAGAAUAAGAAAUCGUGCCCGACGCGCCACGUCGCACGAUGUCAAGGCACGGUUAAGCGUGACACGAAAUGUCACGCAUUGAAAAUAACGAAAUCGGCUUAUUCUAAUUGUUCUAAAAUAGGUAUGAUGAAGUCAAACAUAACAAAUAAAAAGCCACCAGGGAUCUUACAUCCCAGCAUAAAAAAAAUGAAAUCAAUUAACUUUCUCAAGGACGUACGGCCACUUUUGAGAUUCAGACAAUCGGCGACAAAAUUGUUGAGACAUUGUACUUAAAUAGGGCGACUUCGGAGAACAAAAUAAUCCGCACCCCUCCCCUGUCCCCUCCAUUAAAAGUUGGGGUGUUGGUUGUUUUCUAUAGGUAGCUAGAACAAGGGCACAACAUUGCACGGAGGGGAUGGGGGAGGAAAGCUAUAUUUCCUUCUUUUGAAGUUCAUAAAACGUAAAAAAGCCCACUUUUGGACAAAGUGUCUCAACUCAUUUUGUCGCCGAUUCUACCUACAGAAACAACAAACACCCCAACUUUGAAUGGAGGGGGCAGGGGAAGGGUGCGGAUUAUUUUGUUCUCUGAAGUUACCGUAUUUGAUUACAAUGUCUCAACUAUUUUGUCACCAAUUGUAGGUCUAUUUGUGACCCUCCAUAUGAUUUCAGGGACAAAGGUGAUAACACGCUCACAACAUGCUUCCAGUUAAAAACAAAAGAAAUUGACUUUAACACGCCUACAAAGCACGCUAGAGCACACUUCAAUGAGCCUGUGCUUUUGUCUCUGUCUGUGUGUCUUUGGACACCCUACGCGUGUUGUGUUAGCGUUUUGUGUUAGCGUGUUGUGAGCGUGUCAUCACCUUUGUCCCUGGAAUCACAUGGAGGGUCACAUUUAAUGGGUACUGGUAAAAUAAUGCUGAGGAUAAUGCUGAAGUUGACUUGCUUCCUAUCGAGGGGGGGGGGGAGUAGAAUAUUUUCCAGGAUGAAGUGCUGCCCUGUGCCCAUGGCUAAUGUCUUCAGAAUAAAAUUAGAACUCUUAAACUCUUUGUAGAGUAGUACAUAGAGCAAACAUAGAGAUCAGAUCAUGUGUCAAGUAAUGCAUAUAUCAGGUUACUGUGCUUCUGAAGUUCAAAACCAACUAACGUUUGUGUUCUUUGCUGCUGUCAGUCAUCGUAGCAGACUUGUUAGAAAAGAGAAGCUUACUUCAACGAGUUCAAAUUAAAGUUAAGGGUUUGUGGUUUGCGAUUGGAGGAUUUCAAUCCACUUUGUGUGUUUCUGUGUUUCAAGGUUCGUUGCUUGUGUUCAUAAUUAUUAUUGACGGAAGCAAAAAAGCAAUAUUGUUGUAAGCUGGCUUAAAUUUCAAAGUUUGCAUGUUACUGAAAAGCACAGUAAAAACGAUGUAAAAUUGUAAAACCAUCACUUGCAAUUGUUUAUGAGGUUGUCGACUUUUGGUGUUUGACUGGGGAUUUUUUUCAAUAUGUGCCCCUCUUGGAGGCUUGACUAUUUAAUGACAUAAAAACCAUAGUGUUCUGUCUCUCUUAAUUCAGGGAAACAUCAGUCGCCAAGAGGCAGUCAGUAUGAUUCCGCCAUUGCUUUUAGAUGUAAAACCAGGCCAAAAGGUAGGUAUAUUGCUGGUAUUAACAGUGAAUAAUGAUAUUUAACAAUUAUUGGACAAGGUUGAGCAAAAUAUUGUGAUUUGUCAGUGGCGAGCAGAUCAAUUAUUUGCCAAAAAGCUGAAGGCUGAGGCAAAUAAUUGAUUUGGGAGACACUGACAAAUCAAAAUACAUUGCGAUAACCAAGUACAAUAAUUAUUUUAUCAUUUGAUCAUCAAGUUUGUUUUUUUUUUAAUGUAUAUCUUCGGGAAGCAAAGUGGUCUGCCAUUUUAACGCAAGAGUGAGAGCAAGAAGGAGAAAAGCGUGGUUCAUUUAUGCAUGAGAAGAAUAUUAUUUGCAGCCAAACAAAGUUGGACGACAUUGUGCAUGAGCAGACCAUUAUUUGUAGGCAGUUAUUUGCAGGUCACGUGAUGAGCUCUUGGCCAAUGCAAAGAAAGAAAAAUUUCCAACGAAUGAUAAUAUGUUUUUUUUUUAUGUCUUAUCUUUGCUUAAAACAAGCAUAUCACAGACAAUUUUCCCACCUGUCAUUUGAUAGCUAGGCUUCCCUUUUACGUAAGACUUUUGGUAAUUUUGCACUGUCAAUCUGUUCAAUAACAGUUUUUUGGCACAAUUACCCCAAAAUGAAGGUUUUGGGACACAGUCAGGUUUUGAGCAGUCAUGUAUGUGUUCAAGACAUGUUCUUGUUUAGCACUCUGAGUGUUACAAAAAGUUGUCUUGCAUGAACUGCAUGACAAACCAGAAGUGGUGAGUUUUGGGCAGAUAGUGACCACAAAAUGGCGUUUUUCGGCAAAAUUUUUGGGGCCAGUGGAUUAAAUAGGAAAUGCAAAUGCAGAAUAAUAGAAAUUUUUUCCGUUGUUUAUCUCCUUUGCACGAGUCAAGAAUAUUAGAUACAUGAGAUUGUCUUCUCUCUGAUAAUUUUUGUUUUUUGUCAAUACAGAUAUUGGAUGCAUGUGCUGCUCCUGGGUCUAAAACAGUUCAACUUAUUGAACUUCUUCAUGGUGAAGAAACAUUAGGGAUACCUGGUAAAGUAUACAAUAAUGUAUGUUCUGUUUUGGUUCGGAUACUAAGCUGGGUAUCAUAUUGAUAAGGAAUGCCUUGUAAUGUUUUGUCAGUGUGUUACUACUAUACCUUUUGAAGGCCAGCAGAAGGCAGAAACUGAUGUGAUGGUUAUUUCCAAUAGUUUACCUGUAUUAGAACUGCUUUGCAUUUUGCAAGGCAAGGUGUCUAACAGAAAUUAAAAAGAUGCAGAAAGGAUGGCAUUAGGUGUUGAUGCUGACUUUGAUUGUGUUGAUACAUGUCCAUGAACACCAUACAUAGGAAGAAUAGUAAAAUUGCAGAUAUGCAUAGUGUCUUUUUAUCCUGCAGAGGGUCUGGUUGUAGCAAAUGAACUUCAAAACAAGAGAUGCUACAUGCUUGUUCAUCAGAGCAAGAGGUUGCAUAGUCCCUGCUGUUUGAUCACAAAUCAUGAUGCUACUCUCUUCCCCACUUUGUAUACAAAAGAGGUAAGUUAAUAGAAUGUUUGUAGUCAGAAAAUAUCAAUACCACCCACAUGAUGGGUUGAUGAUUUCAGGAAAGGUGGGUAAAACACCCGAAAAAUCACUAACUGUGGCCAGUGUCCUGACUGUACCUUUAUAGGGAGGCAAAUUUCCCAGUUCAAUCAAGUAGUUUUUUUACCUGAGGGGUUACAUCGUUCUUGAUGGCUAUGAAGUUAUACUGUAGUAAAAGUUGGUUAAAGUCAACUGGUUUACUGAACAGCACCAAUACCAUAAUUCCUGAAAUUUGUGUUGAGUAUAGACCUCAUAAUCACCUUUAGCUAGGUUGUUUAGAACUUGCCAGUACCCUGAGUCAAGGUCUAUGGUAUUGAAGUACUUAAUAUCCUGAAAAUGAACUGCAGGGCCUUUUUCUUUUUCAAGAGUCUUUUUACGAAAGUAAUUUCUCUUUCAAAAUCCCAUUGCCUUGUCAGUGGAGGAACAUUUGUGUCAACAAUUUUCAUUGUACAAAUGACUAGAAAAUCAUGAGAAGAUGAUCCGCUGUACAUGCCAAGAUCAACCCUCACAGCAAUAAAUCUCAGUGGAGAUAAUAAUAGUAGAUAAUAAUAAUGUAGCUCAGUAUUCACAGAAUUCCAACAUGUAAAAGCUCACGACAGAGAUUGUCUGGUUGAAUUAUGAACGAUUAUAAAAUAACUUAAAACGUGUAAUUUGUAUUUGAAGAUAAUUCCCUUAAAUAAGCUCCAGGAGGCUUAUUAUACUGGUCAUGUUUGUGUUUUGAUGGAAUGAAUGGUAAAUUUCUUAAUGGAGGAGGUUUUAUUUUUAGAAUUUUAUGGGUUUUUUGCCCUAGGAAGUUCAUGCAAACGGUUAUUAAUGCACAAAAGAAGCAAGCCAGUUUACACAGUAGCAGGUCAUGUUUAUACAGAAGUUUUCCCAGACUAACAAAAAGGAUAAUGUUUUGAGCCUUGACAAGGCCUCUCCUUUUUGAGACUAGAGUUAAUUCAGUGAAAAAGUCUCUUCCUUUAAGAUAGGAUGAGAUGGUUAGGUAUGUUUCCUUUGUGGGAACAGAGUGUGAGGAAAAUUGGAACGAUUAUAAAAGAACUAAAAUUUUGAAUUGGAAGGUUUCUUUAAAAAGACAAGUUUUAAGAUGACCAAUUUUUUGCAAUAGUAGCUUUAUUAAAUAUAGUAUGAAUUUGUUACUGUGGCUACCAUUUUUUUUAGGAAGGUGGUGAAAAGGUGCCAAUAUUUUUUGACAGAAUACUCUGUGAUGUUCCAUGCAGGUUAGUUGACCCAACGUCAGUCAUUUAAAAUGGCAGAACUGAGAGGGUUGUCUAAACUCACUGCUUUGUGAAAUUGAUUUUAAUGUUGAAAUCACAAGUACAUGUGAGCAAUGACGCUCACAACCGAAAUAAACAAAGGCAACAAGUUCCUAACGGCCAUAAAGAGUUCCAUAAUGGUAGUUCUUUACACAUAUUCAUCUUCUGUUCUUUUUGCACAUGCACCGUAAGUCAUGUGCUGCCUUACCUGACUGCGAGCUCAACUGUUCAGAUGUCAGAUUCCACAUGUUAUAAAACUAAAAUAUUUAUCUUUAACGAGGGGCAAGCUUCAAAGGAAACUUGCAAGUUGCUUUAUCAGUUUGGUGAAUUCUGGACUAACUUAUUUUAUUACUCGAAGCAAGAGAUGAUUGCUUCAAAGCUUUGUAUCAAGCAUUUGAUUCUGACUCCACUAACACGAGAUAUUCAGUGUGAAAACGUUUAUUUAGGACGUGUCAGUCAGUCAUCUGAUGCAGAUGUUAAAUCAGUGAUAUCGUUCUAGUAAAAUACUAAUAUAUGUUCUAAGCUAGAACUUGUACCAUGCCUGAUACAAAAAAAAAGUGGCCAAAAAAUGCGUGGAAACGUAUUCCCCUACUGAUGCAGUGGUAAAACUCUGGGGAAAGGGAUUGCAAUGAAAAUACAUUAUAAUGUUACAUAGACUUUUCCAAAAUUAUACUAAUGGAAAAGGGUGCGUGUCUGAAUACCUAAAUUCAUAAAUUAUAUAUCGAAAUAAGAAACGUUAUUCGAAAAAAUACAGUUCUGAAGACGUAAAAAAAUAAAACAUAGAAAAGGAAAACUUGCAACACAAAACAAAAACUAUCAGUUUGACUGAGCUGACGUAUUAUCGCGCAAGUCUCACGCUAAAACCGUAAAACCUGAAAAUAUAGUGACCGGAAUCAAGAACAUAAGGACUAACCUUACUUAAAUAACGCCUCAAAAUCUUGACAGGGCAACUAGGAGUGCCAGGACUCUCAGGAAUCACUACUUCAUUACCUUUCCUAGGUUGAUCGGUCUUACUUCUAUCAACAUUAAUAGCGACAUAAGCUGUAUGAAAAACAAUGUCUCCAUACCUAAUAUGGAGAACUUCAUCAAUUCUGAAUAAACUGCAAACGCCAAAAGAAAAAUGCAAACAUUUCUCAAUUCAAGGAGGUUAUCUAAAGUCGAAGCCUGCACAAGCUUUUCUAACAUAUCAGGUGAAACAAGCUCUUUUUUAUUGAACAAACUAGUUCCAGUUACCUACUUGGUGGCAUUACUAACAGCUUGGAUGAUAGGGCUAUCAGGCGGCGAAGGAAUGCCAGUCAAGUUAUGUGCCCAUUGGAUUCCAUAAAUGGCAGAGCCCAAAGCAGAAUGAGAACGAGUAAUGGUCAACAUGUACUGGAGGUAAAGGGCAACAUGCUCUGUACUGGCGGGAAAAACCUGAAUUUCGUCUCUCGAACAGGCAAAAUUUCUCCAUUUCCAAAAGGAUCUUCUGUAGGCAUCUGUUGUUCCUGAAGCUAUGGAUGCAAUGUUGACCGUAGACUCCAAUUUAUAACCAGGUCCCUCAAUGACGGGUCUUGGAGGGCAUGUAGAGACUUCCAAAUGCCGGAACCUAAAACUUCUAAACAAAACAAGAGAGGAAACUAACAAAAUAGAGAAAGAGACGGAGAAAAAGAAAAUGCAAAAUUAGUAACAUACAACGUAACAAGACAUAAACAUCAAAAACAACAUUCAAAACAUUCCUAAGUCAAAACGAGUCCUGGGACGAUCGGGAAAAAAUUGAACAGACGCUACCAAGUGCAGCGACGAAUGCCACUAAUCCUAAAUCACACGUGAAUUAAACGCCAAGUGAACGACACUGGCGAGCCACCAGGGGACAAAUGGAACAACAUAAUGCAAUGAUACUGCUGUACAUGUCACCAUCGGGGGGUGCCAGGUACCAAUAAACAUACGAUACUUCACUUGAUGCAGAAAAAGAAACCAGUAAACCUACCAAUAAGAGCAGGAAUGAAGAGAAUACACCACGGGGGUGCAAAGAAUAAAACUACUUCCAGAAAUGAACCAAAGCUAUGUCCUGUAGAUUUUGAACCACACUACUGACCUGAAUCAUUCUAACAACAUUCUUAUUUUCAGUGUAUAAGCGUACUCUUUGGCCUAUUAAAUUACUCUCGAAGGACUAAAGGGCAAACUGAAUCCCAACCAGCUGCCUCCAAGUGGAAGACUUACGAGACUCUUCAACGGACCAAGUUCGGUGACAAACCAGACUAGAAUCUUGAAUAAAGCGCAACAACCCGUAGAAGAAGCGUCCGAAAGCAAAACUUUGGAUGGAACAAACGGAACCUGCCAGAACAGCUUACCAUUUCAGGAUUUUGAAUUGUCCCUCCAAAAGAAAACCCCUUUCUUCGCAUUAUCUUGAACCAGAACCUCCGAAUUCCAUCAACGCCUCGGGCUGAUGACAACGUGCAAAAAUCUAGUCAUAAUUUGAGUGACAUUCCCACAACUCGGUGCUAGUGAAGUAAUGAACUUAACGUAAAUGAAAGGCGAAUUAUUUAAAUUAGCACAGACCUCGUUCAGACCGGAACACAAUUUGUCGAUCCUAGGAUCAACUGCAAAUAUAAAACCUGUCGGAGUGUCAAUAUGAAAACCUAUCUAAGAAAAGGUGGUGGAGGGCUGCCAGACAGAUUUUUCGUGAUUUAUGCCAAAACCACAGCGAAAGAGAUCGGAAUGAACUGAAGAACUAUUAGUUUUCGCUGCCUCCAGAGUAGAAUCAACGCCAAUGCCGUCAUCAAAAAUUAUAGCUAUGGGAAUACCUCGUAUUCUCCAAUGGAUCUCCAUGGGCUUCAACAAUUUAGUGAAAUUAUAAGGUGCUGAAUCCCAAAGGGCAAAGAGUAAAGUGAACAUACCUUGUUUGAGAGGUACCAAAAUCCAAUGAAAAUACCCAAAAUCUGCGAUGCUCGGGGAAAAUAUCCACGCGGUGAUAUCCUGACUUUAAAGCAAAAGAGAAAAUGAAGUGAAAUAGCAUCCCUGACGGUAUGAAGGCCUUCGCACUUCAAAUUCUGUUUAAAAACAUGCAUAUUGAUGUGGCUUAAAUCUAGGAUAAGCCUCUUCUUACUGCUACUUUGAAUUGAAACGGUCAAAGGAUUGAGAAUAUCAGGAGUGUAAGAAAAAAUCUCCUCGACGCGAUUGUCACUCAAGAGCUCCAAAAUAGCCUCGGAGACAAAAUCAGACUCUUUAAAGGCUGACACAUUGUUCUUUAAAGUGUUGAGGCAAUGGCGUGGAAAUAAUAGGGAUCUUGUAGACGUCUCUGAUAAUACUCAAAAUAAAUUUAGGAGCUCCUAGUGAUUUCCAAUAAUCGAUGGAUUUAAGCAGGUUCCUCCUAACAGAAAGCUGUGAACGGAGGACAGAAGUAAUAGUGGGGGACGCUGUUUUGUAAUCAAAACCAUUUAGCUCCUGAACAGAACGAUCGGAAGAGAAAAAGAUGCUAUCAGACUGCAGGGAAUCAACAACUGAAAAACCACACUCACUUGGAUCUUCUGAGGAUAGUCACUUGGAAUCAGAGAAUCCUUUUGGAAUGCGAGAAUUAGAAACUAGAGAACACUCGUAUUUCCAAUAGCCAAACCUGCCGCAAGCAAAACGGCUGCCUUGCCUGGAAGGAAAAUCAGAGCGACCAAAAGGGAAGGAACAAACAUGGACAAGCUACUGUAGACGUUCUGGGAGGCCAAAAAUCGUAACCAGAAGGUCGCGGAGCGAAAGGAUUAUGCUUAGAAGAUUUCUUCGCAGCUGAAGAUUUAAGAGUCUUUUCAGCUCUAUCCUCGGCACGACGAAUCCGUUUAGCGUCUUCCUUAGCAUCGGCAAGCUCGCGUUGAACAUACUCCUCAACGGUCUUCCAACCAAUUUAAUACGUAUAUGAUAAUUUAAUAAUUUCUACCGCUUGGAGAGCAUUGACGUACCUUCAGCUAGGGACGCUUUAGCCUUCUCAACCGCGUUGGACUCGAGGUGGGAUUUCACUUCGUCUAGACUAUCCUGAAGCUUAGCAAUGAAUUUGUACUGAAUCUUGUUUCCUUUUUGCUUAACGGACUUCGGCUCCUCGUGUUGAAUCUUCUUGAUCUCGCGUAGUUGUUUGUCAGCAACACCACAGCUAGAUUGUUAAAUUCCCUCAGCAGAAUUGGCCACUAGCUUUGAAAAACUGCUCCAAUAAUGCCUUGUUAUUUUCAGCCAAAGAAGUAGAACUGAAAUCCUCCACCUCUUUUGACACCGACAUGAUGCAACAAGGGAAUUGACUAGAGAAAGAGGGAAAUCGAAAAGGAAAACUAUCAGAAGGACUGAGCUGACGUAGAAUGGCGCAAUUCAUCUCCCGCCAAAAUCAUAAAUAGCCCGAUACUAUCCUAGGAACACCAGCAUGUCAGAAUAUCAAAUUUCUGACUCAUUCGUUCCCUUGUCACUCAACCAUCAGAAAUUACAUUUUUCAAAAUUGAAAUACAAUUUUAACAUGUCCGUGGGUACCUAUUCAGCAAAAUUGUCCCAUCUGCUCCUGAUUUGCCAGUUUUUCCUGUAAUUUGGAUUAUUUAGAAAAGGUUGCAAAUGCAUUUUGUUUACGUGCUGAAUUUGCAAGAAAAUUAUGUGUCAUUAAAAUAUUCUGUAAUGUUUAGACUCUUCAGUAUGCUUCUGUUUUUCUCUGCAGCGGUGAUGGAACGCUGAGGAAAAAUCCUUUGAUUUGGAAAAAGUGGACACCACAACUUGGCAUGGCAUUAUUUCGGUAAUUAAUUAAAUAACUGACUAUUAAAAAAAAUAAACAUUUUGCUAUCUCUGAUUCUCGUUCCUUAGAAUAGACUACUGUCAUUUAUAGAUGACUUUCCUUAACUAUAUUGAAAUUCUCUCUUGUUUACAAGAGUUGGUUUAUUUUUUGGUGAAAAACUCUGUUGUGUUUUCUCCGAGCUUUAGAAGUGAUUCGUCUUGUCCAGUUCACUAGUGUUGUUGCUGUUUCAAUCUUUGUGGACGGGCAUAUUUAUGUUAUUAGAACUUAUUUUCUAUCGACUACGCUGUAAUCUUAAGAAACUUUUGAAGGAAUCUUCAAGCUUGUUGCUCUCAUUCCGUGCAUCUCAAAACAAAUUGUCGGCAAAAUAAAUGACUACCAAGUUUGCAUCUAUUGUAUAGGUUUCAUCCCCAUCAGCAUUAUUUGUUGUUGGAAGGGUGCUGCUAGUGGAAGCUUCUCAAGUUUUAUGCUCUCAGUAGAAACCAGUAUUUAAUACUGGUCGAACCCUUUCUCAGCACUGAAAUUAGCAAUAUCACCUUAAGCUUUAUUCUUCAGUCAGGAGUGAAUAUUCAAUUAAUUCUACAGUUUGUGAUAAAAAUUAAUGAAUUCUACCAUUUGUUGAUGAUAAAUGAAUUCUUGAUGAUAAUUGAAUUCUUACAUAUGUUGAUAAUUAGCAAUUAUUGAAUGAGGCUGAGUACGAUAUGAAGAAUUCUGCAGAUCAAGGACUGUGUUAUCCAUCGAGGCUUCCGUGAUCUGCAGAAUUCUUCAUAUCCUGCCAAAGCCGAAUUCAAUCAUUGUUUUAUUAUUCCUUCAAAAUAAUUCCAAGUUUAAAAACAAGCUAAAACAUGCUAACCUUGGUCGAUGUAAGUUCAUAUCGAUAAUGCAUCUUAAGCGAGAAGUUUAGGAGAUAAAGGUCUGUUCAGGUCUGCCAAGAUGCUCCAAAUAGCAGAUGUCGUCCGUCUUCAUGCUGUUCUUGCCAUGUUUUUACACAAUAUUUUGCAGUGAAAUGAGUAAAAUGUUCCGCCGACUGUUCCGCCAUUUUGUUUUAACUACCAAAACAAUUCUGUUCAAUAUGACAAAAUUCUUUCCAAAUUUGGUCAACAGUAGCUGGUUAUGGUGAAUUAUGCGUGUGGUUUAACCAAUCAGAAACGGGGAAAUAUUUUGAAUGAAUAAUAAUGAUGAUUAUUGAAUUAGUCACUACUAUAUCCGGACUGAAAUGGCUGAUUGAACACUUUUUUGUAAUUCCUCAUUUCACAGCAUCCAGUUACGUAUUUUAGCACGUGCAGUGGAGAUGCUAGCCCCUGGAGGUCGCAUUGUAUAUUCUACGUGUACUCUUAAUCCUGUCGAAGAUGAAGCCGUUGUCUCUACCUUGUUACAAAAAGCUGAAGGUAAAUCUUGUUUAUUCUGAGAUGGUUAAACUAAUCACUAAAACAUUCCUUUAAUUUAGUUGCAACAGUUGUUACUCAGAAACAUCCUUUGUUGAUCUGAUAUGAACAGUUCACAAAGUCCUGUUGUAAAACGCAUUCUUACUAAAUCGUCCUUUCUAUUAUGGACGUUGUGCAAACCAACUGCUUUCUUUUCAUUUCAGGGGCACUGUUUGCCUCUGUUAAUUUAGUUAUUAAUUUGCAUCUGAUUUAGGGGCAAUGGAACUAGUUGAUGUUUCAUCAUACCUUCCAAAUUUAAAGAGAUCACCAGGGUUGAAGACGUGGAAGGUAACCAUUUUCAUUUUGGUCCCCGUUUGCAUUCCCCUUUUUAUACCCUAAGUCCAAGACCCUCCAAACUUUCUUAGUUUGUCUACUCUUUUUAUCUGUCUAAGGCAUCACUAUAAGGACAUUAUGUGUCACACGAACUAAAGCUUUAGGUAAACAAGGGCAGGUCUAUGGUGUCAAGGUGGUAUUAUAAGAUUUUGCAUCAGUUGACUGUUCAUUAGUAGUUAACUUAAAGUUACAAUAUUAUGGUACUGCUAGGAAAAAUAACUAUCUAGGCAGAUUUUAAUAAUGCUUUGUAAAGGUUUGAAAAUUGCUUGUCUCUACAUACCGUAACCAUCCUUGCCAAGGUACAAAAUACUCCUCGUGCAUCUUGUGCUGUCCAGAUAAUAAUUAUUUCCGUUCUAGUACCAGGCGCACCGUUUCCAAGUAAUGAAAAUAGGGGCUACUAAAUUGUAUUUUUAAUAAAUGUUUGUCACGAGCGGCAGUCAGAUAACAGAAACCUUUUGUGUUCCCUUGAAAGGAUAGCUUUCCUGAUAAUGUUCUUUUCAGUUGAGCCUGCAAAUACAGCCCCCUAUCAAAGCUUCCUGCUGCUGGGACGUUUCUCGAGAGAAAAGUCUACAUUUUGGCCAAAAUAAUAUCAUACUGAUGACCUGACGAUGACCAUAAUCUGGUCAGGUUUUUUGAGUGGUUGACGUAGUAAUUAUAUACCAUUAGUUAUUUUUUACAAAUGAGAGACAGAAGUCAGGAAAGUCGCAAAAAUCAAAAUGUACAACGUGCUGUAUCUAUCUUGAAACACUCUUUUAUUACGAUUAUUUAGGCUUGGCAAGAAGGGGUGCUAAAACUCAAAAUUUUUCAAUAGCCGAGAAGGAAAAACAGAAACGUAAUCAAAUUUUCAUCUGCGAACUCAUAAAGGCCAGAUUUACGUCAUUAGUGUGGAUUUUUGAGGCUAAAAUAAAGAGUUUUCCUGCAAAGUGUCCCCAGUGGUGGGUAUCGAUGGCGGAUCUAUUGACAGGUGUUUCAGUUGUAUAAACGUGACAGAAGGGGUUAUUUUGUGAGCAAACGUUAAGUCAAAGGUUUCUAGAUUUUUUCCUACUGCCGUAUUCUCAUAUAAACGUCUGUAAGAGUGAUCUGUUGUUAUAGUAAGUUUUCAUUCAUUUAUUCGUUUAUGCUCUCUCGUUUCUGGACAAUAAUUGCUUUAUCAAAACACCAUUAUUUGUGCAGUCCUGUAGUAAUUUGUUGAAUUAAGAUUAAUAAUUUUAGAUUGUUAUUUACAGUAGUUCAUGAUCACUAAAUUUUCUGUUGCAGUUGAUGACCAAGGAUUUGCAGAUUGUGGAUAACUGUGAUCCGGGAUCAGAGCACUUCUCGAAAGGUUUUAAGCCACAGAUGUUAGCUCCAUCAGAGGAAGUUGCAAGCAAACUGCACCUGGAAAGAUGGUAUGGUUAUUUAACAGAUUAUAAUGUAUGUUUACUUUUUGAAGUGAUAAACGCAGCAUAAAGCACAUUUGCCAAUAUUUUGGUUGCAGACAUAACACCAGAAGCAUUAGCGUUAAUGGAAAUUGCUAGUUAAAAAAAAGCAUAGGUGAAUUUGGCAGAUACGUUCUGUCGGAUAGCUCCGUUUGGCAAGUUCAGGAUUUCUAAUAACUGUCUCUGUUUGUAGAUAACUUUUCUGUCAUGGUAGCUCUUCUUUUUCUGGUGGUUUUGCUGUAUUUUUUCAGGCACUCCUUCGGGAUCAUGACGGUGCCACAGGGUAUUUGCUAUGAUGACUAAUGUCUUUAUUACUGCGACAUAAGACAUUGUUGAGGGCUUUAUUGCAUUCCACCAUUAGGGGUAGUUCUAUAGUCUACCAAGAUCUUAGUUGUCUCUGAUGGCUUUUAUGAAUAGCCCAUUUGGCUUCUUUCACUGCGGACACAACUUUUCCUUUGGAGUUUGGAUGGUAUGGGGAUAAGGUGACAUGAUGGAACUCCCUGCACUCUGUCGCAAGCUUGACGAAUUUCUUACUGGCGAACUCGACCGGGGUUCCGUUGACGCAGACAAGGCUAUCGCGAAUACCAUGUCAUACAACUGGGUUUAUGAACUUUUGGAAUACCCUGGGAGUACAUGACAGGCCAAAGGGAAGGCAGGCAAACUCGCACAAUGUUUCUUUUUACAGAAACCUCAGAUAUUUGUGGUGGCUCUUUCGUAUAACUACCAAAAAAUAGGCAUCCUUCAGGUCUAUAUUGACCAUUAAGUCUCCUUUUCUUAACACAACCCUAAGAAUGUGAAUGCCCUUUAUUUUGAAAUGUUCGUAAUGGAUGUGCAGAUUGAUAUGGUGGUAGUUUUCCACAGGCCUCUGGGCACCCCCUUUUGGGAACCGAAAAUUUUGAUGCUUGCACACCCUUGCUGUGUCUCCUCUGGGUGGACCAAAUGAAUAGCCUCUUUCUAAAUGAUUCACUAAAUUUCUAGUUGUACAAUAUCUUUUCUCUUUUUUGUGUGAGUGUUUGUUAGGGGAAGAGGGAAUUAGUGUGGGCACGCAAAAAAUCAAGAUGAUCUCCCUGAACAGCCUCCAAAACCCAAGGGUCUUUGGUGAUUGCGACCUUGUUGGACAUACAAUGUUUCAGGCGACCUGCUAGAGAAAGAUGACUUAUGACUGUCAGGACUCAAUGUAAAAUCAUACCUGGUAAUAGGUGCGGAGGCCUUCCUUUUGGGUGGCUGGAGGAGCUUGCUGUAGGCCCCUCUGGCACCCCUUCCUUGGAUCCUGAAUGAAAGAUGAAACUGAUUGACUGGUACCACCCCAACAGUCCCCUCAUCUUUUGAAAGAGGUGAUGCAGCCUCGCAAAACCUGAGUAGUUUGGGAGCGGUUUACCACAGAAGCAGCUUGAAGCAAAAUUUUUGCUGUUUGUUAUCUGGUUUGAAUUGUGGCCUCGGUCCAUCGCCAAAAAAGGUUUUUGCCAGUCUGCGGAAAUUCUUGUGAGGCAAGAGGCGACAGAGUUCCCUUUGAAUUGGUUUUGUUUAGGACAGCUUCACGUCUCUCAGAAGAAGUGCAGAGGCAUUACCUAGUGUACGAAUUAGAUGGAGUUGCUCUUGGAUCCUUCACCUGCUCACAACUAAGGAUUACAUUCUUGGCUGAUUUGGCUUCGGCAAGGAGACCGUAAAUACGCUCAAAUAACAUAUUUACCGGACCAAAUGUGGUCGAGACACGGUCCUGCAAAAAUCUCAUGCGCUUGUCGACAGUUUUAACGCCAGGCACAAGACUAGGUAGAUAGUUCUCCUUGGUUGGAGUGUAAAGAGAGUCUAAUUUAGAGCGGGAAUACCUUUUAGUAACUGCUUUCCGCUCAAAAGGUGACAAGGGCUUUCCUCAGAAAGAAGAUAAUUCUUCAUUGGCUUGCCAGCGUAAACUUUGGCAAGGAUUAUGGUCUUCUUCCUCGUCCUCAUCGGAUGGAAAGGACCCGCUCAGAAGCAUCGGGCUCAAUAAAAAGAACAUCUUCCGAAAGGUCGUCAGCUCGUCUAGGCCUUUUAGUUGCCUGGGACAUCGGUGUCAUAUACUGAGUGAGCCUUGAUCGCUCUUUCAAAAGUCGUGUUAGAGCUGAGAGCCUGGAUCGCUUCAUCGACUCUUUCUUAAUUCAAUCGAUCGAAAGCUUGCCGAGGCAAAUUAAGCACCUCGGGAGCGUUAAAAAUCUUCUGGACAAGGGAAACAUAGUGGACGUUACCUUCCUUGUCAAUCGCUUCAGCCUCUUGAGGCGGGAUGUAUGGCGCCUCCAGCUGGAGGAUUUUCUUGAUCACGCGCAGCCAUGCUCAUCUUCAGUUAGAGCGAAAUGAAAUGGCUAUGGGGCUCACCGCUGCGAGGCUUUAUGUAUGGGAUAUGGUUUUUUAUUAUGCUAAUUAUGUAAGUUUGCUGUUAAUACGAAGUAAUAAUUGUUCUAGUUUCAGAGCGAAAUAAGGUUGGUUACACAUUGUUGUGUGAGGCUGCUGUUCUGAAGUGUAACUAAAACCUUUCGCGGUCACUUUAAAGGUCUUAAAACAACGGUAGUUACAAACAAGAAACGAUCUCAUAACCUUGUUGACUGCUGAGAUGAAACAUUUUUGGUCAUUGUUCUAAUAGUUUUCAUAUUUUUGUUUUAAUCGUUAUUUUGUGAUCUUGCAGUAUGAGAAUAUAUCCCCACCAGCAGGACACAGGUGGAUUUUUUAUUGCAGUUCUUGAAAAAAAGCAUGACGCACCUUGGGAAAAUGACAAAAGAUACAGCUUGAACCGGAGACUGCUGCCAUGGGAAAGUGAGGCCAACUGGCAGGUAACAAGAGCUUUGCAUUCCAACAUUUAUAAACUGUACAUUCUAUUAAAAAUCACAUCGAUUUGGAAGCUAGGAUCUAAUUUAAUGAAGUGUAUCAAUCCCUAUUCUCGCUUUUUUAUGGUCUUUUUACGAAACAAUAUAAAUGCCUUGUAAAAUGUCCUUAAAUGUGCCUAACCUAGGCUAGCGGUCUGUGGUAAGUUUUGCUUUUUAUUUAAUUCCAAAAGGAGACGGUGACAAAUCCUGCAAUCUGAUUGGUUCUUGGCACGGUUUGGAUUUUCCUGUCCCUACCCACAGUUCCUGUAAUGGCUUCCUUCACAAAAUUAGUCGUUGUUUGUGAAUGAGCGAAAGCUGUGGUUUUGUACAAUUUUCCUUUAAAACAUGGGCUAUUAUGAGCAUUGGCAAAGAGAAACUAAAUCGUAUUACUCAGAGAAAAUUUCCUACAAAAUGAAGCUAAUAAGCCGUGAAAAGCCCGAAUAUAAUACAGAAAAAGGUUCACCGUGCAGUGAUUGUCGUAGCCUCCCAAGCAGAUGUAGGGAAGGAACAAGUGACGAAGCCCUAAGAACGCCUGCGGUGAUUGCCGCUGAGUUCCGAAAAUACCGGACGGGUUAGUUAAAGAGACUUCCGAAAAAGGAUUAGCAGCAAAGUGGAAUUCAGACGUGUAAAUGACCAUUAAAAUUGAUGAAGUCAAAAGGAGUACAAGGAGGGCGAUUACCAGUAGCCUCUCACGCAGACGUUUUUAGGGGAGUCUUAUUUCCUGCCCCAAAAACACCUGCGUGGGAAGCUAGGUUAUCGGCCUGGACCUCUUCUCGGAAGAGCCCCUGCGGUUCGAUUCUUGUAAGCGACCAGUCUUUGGGUGGUCGCUUACGGGAGGUUCGACUGUAUUAACUUUAUGAUCAGCCUUACUCUAUUUUGUAGCAUUAAAAAAUCUCGUUUAAAUACAUUCAUUUCUUGUAGCGAAAAAAGGAGCAAAAUAGUAAAGAGACGAAAGAGUUCGUGGAGGAAGAGAACACUGCAAACAGUUCCGAAACUCAGGACAUAAUUGAUGAGAUGGAUUUUCACGAUGCUGAAAUGAACAGUGAGGCAUCAACUACAGAGGAAAACAUCGAGGAUGAUGCAAACAGCGAAGUUGUUGUUGUUGAGUUAGUUAAAGGUCAUAAUGCUAAGCAAGAACCUGAAAGCAGAGGAGAAAAUGUUGGAAAAGAAAUAAAGAGCACUGGAAAAAGUGGCGGCAAAAAAGGCAGUGGGGAAUCCGAUGUGUAAAUAACAAUAUUGUAUUUACAUAUAAGUUUACCUACUGUUAAGGGACAAAGUCACUGAGGAAAAGACUCAAUUUUUCUCAUUCUGAAAUACAAACAAUGAAAGGUGUUUAGUUACCUUCUCAGUCCAUGUGAUCGUAUUUAAAAUUCUGUGGGGCGUUAAAGAACCCACACACUUUUCGUAAAUGAGAUAGUGGUGGCUAAUCUCAAUUCACAUUCACACUAGGUGCGUUCAUAAUUAUUCAAAUUUUUAUUGUUAAUUGCACUUCAAGCAGUCUUGCUAAGUCCCCAACGCAAUGUUGAAAGCUCUGAGGAGAGUGGAUGAUAAGAUAUUUGCAAUUUACAAUAAUGCAAAGAAAGCGUGUUGAGCGCCCAUGGAAGCGGCUUUGUUUUAUAUUCUGCCAUUACUUAUAGCUAUUUCAACUACUAUCGCUGCUUCAACCUUUUCAGACAGUUUGGAUUACACUUUCUUCCUUCACUGUUUCAUAGGGUUCAACCUCCGACAAAAAGGCCUAAGGUGGAAAAGAAAGGUUUUAAAGAGGAUCCCUUUGUAUUUCUCAAAGAUGAUGAUGAACACUGGCCUCUUAUAAAGUAAGUUUUCUUCUCUUUUUAAAUACUUUAAGUGUUAACUUGAAGUCUCGAAACAACCAAUAAACCGAUAGUGAUACAUUUGUAUCUACAAUAUUCCUCUUGGGACUCUAGUUGUUUUUCUACCUUUAAUUUUUGUGUUUCAUCAGUUGAUGUACUUGUAACCCUCUUACAUGUUAAAGUACCCAUAACAUAUUAUCUCGCAGUAUAAAACUGUGGAAUGCUGUCCACAUUAUGAGUAGUAUAGGACGCAUAACGUAACCUACACCACUUGAGAAGCUAUACUUAGAAGUAGAAAAAGUUCCUUACGAAACCUAAUACAAUCCUAAUAUACAUAGUGAUAUGAUUCUCUCACUUAAAAAGUCAGUUUAUAAUAGUAUUAAAUUCUUAUACUUUGUAAAACCUACACAAAGACGUGAUGAUAUAAUUAUCUCUACUAGAGGCCUAUUUAGAACAUUUUUCAGUUUUUAUACUCUCAUUUUCUCUUAUAAACCUACACGAGACCAUCAUAAUGUGGUUAUCUCUACUAAAAGCCUAUUUAGAAUAAUAUCAAACUCUUAUACUCUAUAAAAUCUACGUAAAAAAACAUUCAGUAAAAUACAGGUUUUGCAACACUUGUGUUUCUGGAUUUCUGGAGAAGAAAAAACUUCAAAACUGGUGUCCUUAGCGCCCUAACUAAGUAUUUAUGUUCAAUGUUCUGGCAAUGUUCAAAGUGUUUGAGAUGACCGACUUCUGCGUCCGCUCCUAGUAGCUUUCUCACCCACUUCUCUAGGUGUUUAGAGUAACCACGUAGUACUUCAAUUAUUACGUUGUACUGUUCAACCCUGUAACCAUUAUAUCUCUGCUUAAACUCCCACAGCAUGGGUCCAUUCUUAAGUGUCUUUUCCUCAUCUUUCUUGGCUCUACUUUCAAUCUAUGGGCAGCUUAUUUAAGUGGCAGAUUUCUUUCCUCUGGUGGCUGACAAGUCGCGCGUCGUUCCGAUUUGCUCUAACGUCGUUGUGCUCUGUAUAGAUGGGAAUAUCCCAAAACGCCUCACUUGUGGUGUUCUGGUAGGCUGGUUUUUGGCAUCACCGGUGAGUACCAUGGUGGAACCUCUUCUAGCAACCCAUGCCCUCGCAGGAGCUCAAAAAACAGAAUCUUCAAAGCUGCAUUAUGCCUGUAUAGGUGCUUGGUUUUUGCCAAGAGGAACAUCCUGCCAGUACAUGUGCAACGCUCUCAGCUACCUUCCCACAAAACCUGCAGAGGACUUCGCCGCCGGUGAGGUUUGCGUCUUCUCCUUGGUGUAGAGCUUCGUAGGUAAUAACUGCUCAUACAGUUCACACAUUCCCGCGUGGGUGUAUCUAGGGCAUGUAGCCCAACCUCUUAACCAUGCAAAGCAGCUGGUUAUGUUUAGGCUCUUAUCUUCCUAUCUGAUACGGAAUGACUUUCCUUGCCACUUUUUGUCUUUAGCGAUCUCCAAGAACUGCAGCUCUUGAGAUUUCUUCAACAGAUUCCCAGCUCUUGCCGCAGUCACCACCUUUCCUUCCGUUGUAAUACGCGGGAUUUAGGGCAUCUAGCGGAAGUGUGAGGUUGAGUUGCUCAGCGCACUUAGCUGCUUCCCUCACAAGCGACCAGUGGCCUGAUGCCAUGGCGUGUUCUUCAAAUUCUCUAACUGCUUCCAUGGUGUGGUCCGAAUUCUGAUGCAAUUUUAGUAGCGACUUGAUUUUAGUGAGCUUGUACUCCUGUUCGACUGAUCGCAGGCCUCUACCCCCUUUCUUCCUCGUUAGAUUUAACAAAGAAGUUAGGCUAGCUGGGUGCUUGCGACCGUUCUCAACUAUGAUCUUCCGAGCUGUUCUGUCCACAUCUCUUAACUCUGAUAGUGGCCAAUGCUGUGUCCACAUUAAGUACCUUAGCACCGGGAGUGCAUACUGAUUAGUUGCCUGUACACGGUUACAGUGAGACAGGGGACUGGACCAUGUAAUAGAUAUCCUGCGCAGAUACUCUUUAGCCGCACACGCCAGGGCUAGCCGUUUAUCCUGUCGAACGUUCUGUAGCACCCCAGGAAUUUGUAGUGUUUUCUUUCCCCAAGAGCAGUGAUGGUGGUUGUCUCGUCCAUCCUCAUACCAGACUUGUCUAGCACUUGGGCUCCCCUCGUCACGUGUACCACGGAGCACUUUUUCUGAUUCCGGUGAAGGCCGAUAUCUUGCAUGUCUCCUCUAGUUUCCUUCAGCACUCGGUUCAGCUUUUUCUCUGAGGCAGCAAAAACCUUCAGGUCGUCGAUAUACAGGAGAUCGGUGACUUUGACCUCUGUAGGCUUGAAUAACCGCUAUCCCUCCGUUGCCCGUAGGCGCGACGCUACUGGCUUCAGACACCGUGUAAACAAUCUAGGACAUAAAGCGUCCCCCUGGGGUAGUCCCUUCACGAACGUUAUUUUUCUGGAAGUCUCUCGCCCUUGCCUUGUUGUAGCUACUACUCUAGUAUUCCAGCUCCCACACAGCUUACGUAUAACCUCACCCAGCCAGACGGGAAGCCUGUGUACUUCGGAUAGGUCGCAUAGCCAAUCAUGGUCGAUGGAGUCGUAGGCUUUGUGCACGUCAAUCCAUGGCAUGCUUAAAUUCCGUUUGCCUUUCUGGAAAUCCAGCAUUACUGCUCUAUCGAUUAGCAAGUUAUCCAUCGUACCGAAACACCAUGAUUUCGCUCCUCUUUGCUGGCCUUCCAUCAGGCCAUAAUAAUCAAGGUGUUGGUCCAUGGGUGCCAGGAGGCAAGAUGUAAACCACUACAUGUUAUUUAGACAAGUAAUAGGUCUCUGAUUUUCACUCAGGAACUCGCUUUCUAUCGGUAUGGGAGAGGUUUUGCCUUAAGAAAGCCAAUCGGGGUAUUCUUCGUUACUUUUAAAAACUUCUUUGAAGCUCUCGACCACACCCUUGUGCAGGGGGCCAGCACGUUUCCACCAAAAGUUAGUGAUUUAUCAUUAUUAUGACUAUUAUUGUUAUAAUAAAUCUUUAUUCAAUACUCAUAAAAAAGACCUAUGUACAGUGCUUCACUUAAAAAGAAUUAAAACGAAAUUUGUACCUUCACAUCUGUUAGAAAGAAGUGAAAAGAUCAUAAUGUCUCCUUGUCUCUUGAAAUAUAAUCCACGGAAAUGUUUCUUUACUAAUUAUUGUUAGUAUUACUAUUAGCAGUCACUACCAAUAUUAAACAUCUUUUCACUAAUUCCUCUUUAAAAUCUGCCACGAUUUUAACAUGAACCACUAGCGACCGCCAGUUCGGUGAAUAAUUGUUAUUUAUUAAAAACAGAAUCAUUGAAUAAUGCAAUUUUAGCAUUUUGAUUGGCUUAGCCGUUAUGGUAUAUGAGCUAUUAUACCAUGCUCUCCAUAUAUGGUCGGUGUACGCGUCAGUUAGCUAGCUGAGAUUUUUUUUUCGCGAAGGAUAGAACGGCGCCCGAAGCAAAUUGUUUUAUUCUUUCUUAGAAUACUAGAAAUGCAAUUUCAUCGGAAGAAAAAAGACAAAAACAAACAUAAAAGCCACAAGAGCUUGUUUGAAAGUUUGUCGAAAAUCACACGAAAACACAUGGAACUAAAGNUAAAUCUUGUUUUGUAAAUUGUGUUCAGCUCCCCCCGCCUCGAUUAGUUCAUAAGCUAUUUGCGGGUGGGAAAGUAAUGUAAUUAGUUAUUUUCCGAUUUUCAAUAAAAUUUGUUGUUGUUGUUGUUGUUAGUUCGGUGAAUAAUUGUUAUUUAUUAAAAACAGAAUCAUUGAAUAAUGCAAUGUUAGCAUUUUGAUUGGCUUAGCCGUUAUGGUAUAUGAGCUCUUAUACCAUGCUCUCCAUAUAUGGUCGGUGUACGCGUCAGUUAGCUAGCUGAGAUUUUUUUUUCGCGAAGGAUAGAACGGCACCCGAAGCAAAUUGUUUUAUUCUUUCUUAGAAUACUAGAAAUGCAAUUUCAUCGGAAGAAAAAAGACAAAAACAAACAUAAAAGCCACAAGAGCUUGUUUGAAAGUUUGUCGAAAAUCACACGAAAACACAUGGAACUAAAGUACCUUGACCAGCUGCGAAAGAAGACAAGUCUUGUCUCUUUAUGAUCGCGAAGCCAUUCGCCGAUCGAGUCACUCGCCGAUAGAUAACUGCGGCUUGUUUAUCCGACAUCAAGAAUAUAAAUCACGAGGAACCAGCUACAAAUACAGGCUAUGCAGCCAUUCACUAGAGCAAUCGAGGCGGCAGUAUAGCUUCUUUUCUCGUUUAGCAAAACCAGCUUGUGGCUUCAAACAACUUCAUAACAAGCGACCGAGGUAAUAGUUUUUCUCCGUUGUUCUUACUUUUAUAACUGCGCCGAAAAUCCAAAUUCACAGUAAUUUCGACGGCUGUCACUUAAAAAUUCUUUUCCUUUACAUUAUCUGCCAGGUUUUUGUAGCUGUUCUGCUGUGUAAAAUCCUAGAAUCGUCAAUCCCGAUGAGGUUUUAAAAACCUAAUGUUCAUCGCUACAAUGUUUUGAUUUUUCAUUCAUUCAGUCCAGGCGAGUCCGUUCGCGCGUUGACAGUUUUGAUAGACGUGUGACAUGUGAAUAGCGGAAGUCCCUUGUCUUUUCCGGUUUGUUCUAGUCGGGGAGAUUCAACGAGAUUUUGUGGGCGUUUUUAAUAAAACAAUUAUUCCACUCGCGCUUGUUGGAUAUGAGAUGAUUAUAGCCAACUAUAUAAUGAUGAUGAUGAUGAUUAUUAUCAUUUUAUUAUUAUUAAAUGUUAUUAUUAUUAUCAUUAUUAUUAUUAUUAUUAUUAUUAUUAUUAUAUAUUGUUAUUAUUAUUAUUAAAUCAUUACAUGGCGUAAAAAUUUUCUUGUUCCAUAUGGAAAAACCGGAAGGGAGAUAACAAGGCACAUUCAUGACUGGAACAAUGGGACUGAGAUGCAGCAGCAGUUGGUCUUCAAAAACCAAGCAAAAAAUCAAAGCCAAAAGAUCCUCAAGAAUGUCCUGCAAGGCGAUUAGAACUGUGGAAAGAGGGAGAAAUUGACACUCUUCUGCGAGAGGGGCGAAUGAUACAAAGGCACCUUGAUAGAUCUCGGAAAGCGGAUCCACCGAAUAACGCGAAGAUCUUCGCUAAACUUGUGAUGGAAAGUCAAAUACACUCAGCUUUACGCUAUCUGAGCGAAGAGGAUUGUGGGGGCGUAUUACCAUUAUCGAAGCAAGUCAUGGAACAACUCGCGGAUAAACAUCCAGAGGCACAACAAGCUAAAUUGGGCUCUGUGUUAUUCGGGCCAGUGGAAGAUGUUCCGGCCAUCCUAUAUCAGCAAAUAAACGGAGAGAUGGUGCGAGAAGCACCCGUUAAGAACUCAAGUUUCUUGUGAGGCCUCGGGCGUGGAUGCGAACGGGUUCAAGAGAAUCCUGGCCUGUAAGUCUUUUCAGAAGUCCAGCAUGAACCUUUGUGACUCCUUGGCUACUCUAACAAGACGACUGUGUACAGAGUUUGUUGAUCCCCUCACCAUUGAGCCAAUUUUGGCUAGUCGGUUGAUUUCACUUGAUAAAGGCGAUGGGGACGUUAGGCUGAUCGGUGUAGGAGAGGUUAUCAGGAGAAUCUUUGGAAAAUAUGUAACAAAGGUGACCAAGCAAAAUGUAAUUGAGGCCAGCGGUUCACUGCAAGUCUGCGCAGAAUUUGAGAGUGGAAGUGAAGCAGCGAUUCACGCGCUGCAUAAUGUGAGGACAUUAUGCCCUACAAUAGCCACUUACGCAACUAACAUAUAUAGAGAACCGGCACGUAUGUUUAUCAUUGGGGGAAAGGAACUGAGAUCAGAAGAAGGUACAAUCCAGGGGGGCCCCCUUGCUGAGUGUCUCUACGCAGUAAGUCUUCAGCCAUUAAUAACACGCUUGAAUGCCUCUACGUUCGUAAAGCAGUGUUGGUUCGCGGAUGACGCCACCGGUGCUGGUUCCUUGGGGGAACUGAAGAAAUGGUGGGGUGUACUAAACAAAUUGGGACCGAGCUUGGGAUACUUCCCAAUGAGAAAAAGUGCUGACUUUUUGUGAAGCCCGAGAAAGAAGAGGCAGCGAGGGAUCUUUUUGGUCAAACAUCAAUUAACAUCUCCACUCUGGAUCACAAGCAUUUAGGAGCAGUACU